AUGCUUGGCAUCAAUCUGAAAGCAGGUAUGUCCCCUUCUUGGUGUAGCAUGUACUCCACCUUUUUCUCAGCCCCAGUAAGAAGGGAUUGAUGGGCUCUUAAUCCAGCACUGCCAAUUGGCUGCUAUGACAUUAGAACUAGAUGGCUCCCAUUUUGUCACAUUUUUUGCUCCUUGUAACUUUAUAUUAGAUUUAGCAAAACGUCAUGAUUUUUUAUAGACAUAAUUUUUAAUAUACUUAACAUCUAGUGAGUGUCACAGUGAGCCUUUUUAAGACUUUGUGCAUGUCAUAUGAUCUGGCACUUUGUAUAAUAUUAAACUGUGAUUUAGAUUUUAAAGCAUAACAUAGAAUUCAUAUUUUGUCCUAUUUAAAAUGUAAUAUUUCCCAAAACACUGGACAAUAGAAUUGAAAAACAACAAUGGCUUUGUAGGCCAUUAUAUUGACACUACCAUAAAUCACUCUUUUACCUUUACUGCCCUUGAUAAUAUGAAAGUCUCUUACUGUACUGGUAGUACCUCCUUGACCCUGUAUAAGACAGUAACUGUUAAAUCUCUUGGUACAUUGCAUACCAAUUAACACUGAACCCAGACAUUACUCUCAAAUUCAAAUUUCUAACUUUCUAAUUAAUGUGUUAAAAUAAAUGUUUAUGAAAUAUACAUACGGCAUGGUUGCAUUAGUUAAAAUGUAGCUGAUGUUAUCAGUUUUGUAAAGGUGUCUCUUCCAUAAUGGAUGAUAUGGUCAGCCAAGCUCCUAAUUUUGUUAAUGAGUUUGACAGAGUGAGGAUUGGAUAAAUGGUAGCACUAGCAAGUUAACAUUUUUACGCCAAUAUAAUCUAAUUUCUUCUGGAGCAAAAGAAUUUGAGAUUUCUUUUCUUUUUUCAUGCAUUAUUGUUCUAUAAAGGAAUCAGUUGUUCUCUAUACAUAAUACCAACACAACUUACUAACUAUAUUUAAAUCUUAGUCUCUGCUUUUUGUUUUGUUUUUAUAAUAAAUAUAUAAAACAAAAUGUAACUGUAGCAUAAUUAAUUAAAGAGACACAUUUGUUUGGGUCUCUGAAUCCAUUCCAUUGGGCUGAAUGCCAUUUUCCCUAUCAUCUAGGGGGUAUUGUUGUGUAGACGUACCUUUAUUGAAAUCUCCGCACAAAUCUCUAGAGCUUAGAUCUAAAUUAUAAUUCUGUUUGCCAAACAUCCAAUGAUGUUGCAAAAUCUUCUCUGCUGAUUCCAGACACGUUAAUCUAUAAAGCUCUACUUUUUACCAUCUCUAAAUAAUACCCUAAUCAUCAACUGUGUUAAACCUAAGACACACAUCUUUCCUAGUCUUUCCUAAUCCCCGCUAUGCCUUCAAUGCUUCUUCUAAAAGGCACAUAAUCUUUGGCAUUUCUACCCUCCCCCUAGAACUAUAACUUCCAAAAGCCUUGCAGGCUUCUCUUUAUCAAAUCCACAUCCCCAUAAAAGGUCCUGGGUUAUUCUAUACACAAACAACUGUUAUGUCUGCCUAAAUGAUCAAGAUCCCAAGAUUUUAAAAAGGACACCCUACGCACCAAAAGCCCUGCAUCUUAAUAUACUAGCUAUGCUGCAUACAUGCUUAGCAUGAUGAUGCCAAACAUAGCUAAUUCUUCUCAUAGAGAAGCAUUGGAUUCAUUGUUUUUUUUAUAAUAAGCAUUGGAUAUAUGGAGCAUAGUGAUUGCUACGUAUGCACUAUAGAUCCAAACUGCUGUGAGUAAAAAAAAAAAAAAAAUGUUUUUACUUUUCUUUUUAAAUUUACACACUACUCUUAGGGUUGCACCUAGCCAGUAUUUUACCUGCUGCCUGGUCAGUGCCUGUAUUGCAGUAUUACUGGUAAUACAAAUGUCGGUAUUUUUCUCAGUAUAAACAGAGAUUACUCUGCCAUACCAGCACUGGCCAUUAGGGGUCGCUGUGUGUGGAUAGAGGCAUGGAUAGGAAGUUACAGUAUAUCCCCGCCCCUCUCUACUCACUGAUCUGCGGGGGAGCAGCUACACAGUACAUUGAGCCCAGGCAGCAGCUCCCAGCCUGCAGAGACAGCCUACAGCUCAGAUGGGGUGAAAUUCUGCAGGGAGACAUGGGGACACUGAGACACUAGUAGACACUGGGAAACCUGGGGACAAUGAGACACUUGGGGACACUGGGAGACACUGGAACACUGAGACACUUGAGGACACUGAGACACUAGGGGAUGCUGGGAGACAUGGGGAUGCUGGCAGACACUGAGACAUUGGGACACUGGGAGACUUUGGGACACUGAGACACUUGGGGACACUGAGACACUAGGGACACAGUAUCCCAUGUGUUUCAGUGUCUCCAUUUCCCCCAGCCAGUGUCCUUAGUAUCUCAGUGUCCCCUAGUCCCCCAGUGUCCCUAGUGUCUCAGUGUCCUCUAGUCUCCCUAGUCUACCGGUGUCAUCUAGUCUCUCAGUGUCCCCAUGUCACUCAGUGUCCCCUAGUGUCUGUGUCCCCAUGUCUCCCAGUGUCCCCAUGUCAUUAGGACACUAGGGGACACUGAGACACUAGGGGACAAUGGGGAGACUGAGAUGCUUGGGGACACUGAGACACUUGGGGACACAGGGAGACAUGGGGACAGUGAGACACUGGAAGACAUGGGGACACUGAGUGCCCCCAUGUAUUCCAGUGUCCCCAUGUCUCCUAGUAUCCCCAAGGGUCUCAGUGUCCCCAUGUCUCCCAGUGUCCCCAGCUCUGCCAGUGCCCCCAUGGGAGACAUGGAGACACAGACACUACGGGACACUGGGUGACAUGGAGACAUGAGGGACACUAAGAGACAUGGGGCACUAAGAUACUGAUACAUAGGGGACACUGAGACCUGGGGACACUGGGUGACAGACACUGGGAGACAAGGAGACACUGGGAGCAAUCCAUCUAUAAGGCAGCAUCAAACUGUAAGUAGUUUUUGGGUGAUUUUUCUCUUUUGUCCCGCAUACAUAAUUAAUUAUGCAAAUUAGUAUGGUUGGUAUUUUUUUCCAAGAAAGGUUGCAACCCUAACUACUCUUCACAUACUCUUGCUUAAGUAUGGAAACUUAAGAAGGAUGUAUGGGACCAAAACUUGUGUGGACAGGCUGACAAUGAAAUUAGUUAAAGUAAUGCUGUCAUGUAUACUUCAACUCCAUGUGACAAACACGGACAGAAUUACCUUCCUAAGAUUAAGAGAAGUGCCGCUUGGCGGUCCUCUGCUAUGAAGCCUGGCUUUUGUGACAUGUCGGUGGAUGCCGUCUGCUGCGGAUCCACAUUAUUAUAUAGCCCCAUAUCUGUCCAUGGUAGAGAUGACGUUGAUGUGUGAGUGACAUCACGCAAAAGAUGCACACGCAUGUUUCGGGGUCAAAGGCAAGCUACGGCCAAUGCGAUCUGCUAGAGGGCUAUUUAAACUCUCUUAUUCCUUUAGCUCAUUGCCCUGUCAUGGUUUCCCUUGAUGGUUAUCCGAGAGUGUGUUCCUCAUCGUGUGUUUCUGGUUUUUGACUUUGGCUUCGUUUUGACAUCCCUGACUUCUGGUAUCCUUGACUAUUGGCUUUUCCUUAUUGCUGUGUCUCGUUCUGUGUCCCUGACCUCGGCUAGUAUAUUGACUAUUCUCUGGUAUGUUAAGUCCGGCCAUUCCAAGGUCCGGUUAAAAGUUAUCCUUAGUCCUAGGUGUGAUACUAUUCUGUGUGCUGGAUCAGCUGUAAUCCUGGCAAAUGCUAACUUUGGUCUCUCUAACACUGUGGCAUCCCCUUUCUUCUACACUCACUACAUACAACUUUUCUCUGUCCCAGACUAUAUACCAGGAGCUUCUGCCUGCUAGUAAGAAGAUAAGGAGACAAGUGGACAUGUGAGUGCUAGGGGACAGUCCUUAGAAAGCAUGGAGCGAGCAUUAAUGCCAAGCACAGGGGUCUGUCUGCAUAGUAUGCCCUUAGUUGGCCAGCCUGCAGGAUUGGCAGGCAGCCUGACAUGAAUUCAUGCCAGGCAGGCCUUCCAAUUCUUUCGGUAGACAUGCCCCCUUUUUGGGGAUCUGUUUGCUUAUAGUUGCAUCUUAUGAGUUUCCCUCCAGCAUCAUCUUCAUCAGAUACAUGAUGCUUGGGAGGUAUGACUGUUUGUGUUAUUGGUCGAUAAGAUUCUGUAAUUAGGCCUAUCAUAAUUGUCAGCUCCAGGCCCACUUGGCUCUUAAUCUGGCCUUGGAGACUGAAUGGGCAUGAUCCAUACAUCAAAUUGGCUUCAUUAAGCUAAAGGUGUUUUGGUGCUUAGAGUAUCCUUUUAACAAAGAUGGGACUCUAAAAUAAAAAUAGUGAGGGAAACAUCAAAAUUAUUAAUACACUUAUUUUCAUAUCAGUGUUCAUUUACUUUAGACUAGUGUUGAUUGCCAUAAUGUUAUUACAACUGACAUGAAGCUUUAAAGUAACUUUCUAAGCCCCCAAAUCACUACAGUGCAUUGUAGUGGCUAUGGUGCCUAGUGUGCCUGGAAUCCUCACACUAUUUGCAAGUGGUUUGACAACUUAUCUGAGGUCCACAGAAAGAAAGUUACCAUCUCUUGUGCACCCAUAAGCUCUCUGCACAGAUCCAGCUUCAAUGCAGGGCUUAGCUCACUAGCCUAGAGCACUCAACCAAUGAGCUUGCCUUGCAUGGCAGUGCUUAAAUCAGUGGAGAUAACAAAAGCUUGUAGAAGGAGCUUUCAGCUCAAAUGGCAGCUUGGACUAGCACCCGGAGGACCCCAGACAAGUUGUCAAACCGUUCAGGGUAUCCUUACACAGAUUACUAUGAUGUGGUGAAAUUCAGUACCUUAAGGGUAAUUCAAUAAUAUUUAUAAAUAACUUGUGGGAACUACUUGAACAAUACUAGACAUCCUCAUUUAUUAAGAGAGUAUUGAAAAAAAGUUUAGAUACUAAUUAUUUUAAGUUCUCUAAAUGUUGUUCCUUUUUAAAUUGUAUAACAUCAGAGCAAAUUUUAUAUUACAUGUAUGCAUUCAUGACUACUACAAUUAUCUGAAUUUUCAAACCUUCUAUUACAUUUCACAUUUUUAAAAAUAUUUAAUUGUCAGAAAUGAAAGAAAACCAUAAUUUCUCUUAGAAAUAAUCCUGUGAUUUUGCUUUACCUCAGUUGUCACUCAUACUUAUGCAAUGCAAUGGAAAAAGUCGAUGCUGUUGCCAUCUCUCUCAUUUAAUCUUAUUAAUGCAGUCUAAUAGACUCCUUGUGAAUGCAUGGAAGGCAGUAGAUUGAAUGGUUAAACAAAAACAGACUUUUUGCAAAUACUAUGUGUGAAAAUCAUCUGAGAAUGAAAUCGGAUAUAAUUGGUGAGUGACUUUUUAAUUUUUUUUUUAAUUCUAUAGUUUUUAUUUUGGCCUUUUAAUGCACGCUGUGCUCUGUGCAUAAUGUCAUUGCAUGGGAAUUAAGUGUGUAUUUUGAGUCAUUUAAGAUUGAGUAUUUGACUGGAACCUAAACAGAUAGGAAUUCUUGGAAUAAAAUAUUACAUUUAAGCAAGGGAGGUAUGCAAGAAAAAGGGAGAUACUGUUAAAAUAGUUUGAUGUAUUGUUUGCAAAAUAAGUUUGCAUCAGGGUUUUAAAGAAAUGCAAUAUGUGCAAAAAUGUAACAUAGAAAAUACAUACAUUUGUGGUUGCAAUACAAAUCUUGGAAACAUAAAUGUAUAUAUAAAAGAAAAAGUAAAACUGUAUUUAGCUUCCCCCACAACUGUUCUUUAUACAAUACUAUCAAUUACUGUAUUAUAUACCUAGUGCAAAUUAUUUUAAAUAUAUAGGUAAUAGUGGUCUGAUGUUUGAGCCUUUUUUUGGAUAUUUGUUACUUUUUUUCUCAAUUUCUACAUAUUUACUAAUGUCGGGAUUGCCCGAUGUCUAUUUUUUUAUCACAAUGUUUUUUUGUUGUGUUUGUGAAACCUUUCAUUGAUUUAAGUAUACAUUGUGCUAAAUGAAAUGCGAUCUUUGCAAUGUUAUGAUUUUCCUCUCCUGUAGUUCUGUUUUACAUGUCAUUGUCUCUUAACUGAAAAAAAAUCAUAUGAUACUCUAUAGAGCACUGAGAGGCCAAAUGGAUUCAAUUCACAAAGAAAACUAUUGUCACUUAUGAUAAAAAGAUAUUGAAAUAUAUUGGUGUAUACAUCAAGUCAUACAUGAAGUAGGUGGUAAAAGAAAAAAAAUACAAGCAAGGCUAUUCACUAAUCUGCGAAUUAAUAGAAAUCGGGGACUGCACAUUUGAAAUUAGUUGAAUUGGAAAUAUUCAAAGGUCAACAGUGUUUCUAGCGCAACUAUUUUGGACUUAAAGUCCAAAGGUUCUGUAAUGGAAAAAAUGACCUACCUUAAAUUGCUUAUGUUUACAUUUAUAUCAUAAAUUGCUUCUGUUUAAAUUUAUAUCAUAAAGAUCAUGAAGAUGUUUAAAUUUAUAUCAUAAAGAUACAUGUAUCUUUAUGAUAUAAAUGUAAAAAAGUACUCACUUUUCCUCUGUUCUAGCGCUGCUUCAUGGGUGUCACUCUUCAUGUAACACCCACCUCCUGGCCGUCCACCACUGCGCCUGUGCUCCGCCUCUACUCUUCUUUGAUUUGCCCUGCUUGGGAUGUAUCGCCAAGCAGGUCAAAUCCUGUCAGUGAUGACGGCAUACUGUCUUUGUUGCCAGUGUGCCUCCACCGGAAAGAAGUGAUGUUACGUCACUCCCUUCUAUACGCCCUAGCUAGCGCUAGACCAGGGAUAGGCAACCUUUGGCACUCCAGAUGUUGCUGACUACAUCCCCCAUAAUGCUCUUACACCCAUAAUGCUGAGAAGGCAUCAUAGGAGGUGUAGUCCAAAACAUCUGGAGUGCCGAAGAUUGCCUAUGCCUGCGCUAGAAGCAUGUGCUGCAUUCAUACAUAUGUUCGCCAAAUUGCUAGCACAAUGUAUAGAUAAAAUCUUAUGCACAAUCUAAAGAGCAGAAGUUGCUUGGGCAUGACAGGGGCCCUUUAAAGUUUAUGUACCCUGGAAAUUCCUGGAACUUAAAUGUUUAGCAAAUCUGUAUAUAUAUGUAUAUAUCACUUGUAUGCUGAAGUAAAUACACACACAUUUUAUGUAAUAAUGUUAUGAGAGGUCAUUUAUAUAAUAUAAUUUAUUUACUGACGCAGGUGAAUACAGACUGAUGUAAUAAGACACAGACACACCAUUAGGUUUCCAAAUUCCUUAAUACAAAAAUAUUUUAUAUGAAAUUGCAUAUCAAAAAUAAAUCAGAUAUGUAUGUAUGAGAUAUGAGACUUCUUGUUAAAUGUUUUACUGCAGCAAGAAAUCGUACACUUUACAGAAAGCUAUAGGAAAAGACAAAAAUAGCUCAAAUGGUCAAACUGAUUUCAAAUGCUUUCUUGAUGUUUAAACCAAGUAAAAAGACAUUGGUUUUAUUCACUGCAUAAUGGAUUGUAGUGAAUUGUAAUCAAACUGCAGAACUAAGGCCAGAAUAGCUGAUUUAGAAUCAAAGAUUAUGCUAGCUUUAUUGUACUUCUAAUUUUUAAUUUUAAUUACGACAGGAGGCAAAUAUUUUACAUAUCUUUCUUUACUAAACUCCAUAGCAGCAAAAAAAAAACUACAUAGAAACAAAGAACAAAAUCACAAACUAGCAAAGUAUAUAUGAUGUGAGGCAGUCUUCAGCACCUCCUUUUUGACUAAGAAGAGGUUGCUGAAGACCCUCUGCAGUCCGUGAAGGGUGUCUUUCAGGUGUAGAUUUCCAGCACCCGCCUUGACUAGAUAUAUGUCAUCUAUUGAGAAAUAGAUGGCAUGUAGGGAAAACUACUGGAGGGAUUCAGAAGUGAACUCUAUUGUGUACCACUGCAUGGUGUACCUCUUCUGGAAUGGUAAAGGGAAAGAAGGCCUGCAGUUUUGGGACAAUAGGGAGGUGAUACACAAGGAGGAGUUACUAGAGGAGAACUGUGCACAUCCACAUCUGUCACCCUCGGGAGAGAAGCCCCAUAGUAUCUAAGAGCUUGUCUUGUGCUCCCUUAAAACUCUCUAUAUCUUUGCACAGGUCACACCCAUUGCGUACCAUGAAGGUCAUCACGAGCAGAUAAAAUUCAGGUGUCUGGACAAUUUUAUAUGGCAAAGUUGGAUGUGGACAUUCUAACCACAAAUGUUUCCUGACGUCCCUUUCUAAUGGCUUUCUAAGCCACUGGAACAUGAUUUGGCGGCGUCCAAUCUUCAGAGCGAAGGUACCUGAUGUUGUGUCAGUCAAACAUCGGCUGACCCUAGGUGUCCAAGGGGACCUUGGAAUCCUCCUUCUGAGUUAUUUCAUGCUCUCUGGAUUCCACCUUGUACUGGGGCUCACACUGAAGUCUUUCAAAGCCAAGUCUGACCAUUCUUGCCUACCAUGCUUUGUCAUCUGAAACUGAAUGCCUAGCCUGCCAUUCAUUCAUGACGGAGAGUGACUGGGAUAGAUCCUGGUCCUCGUCCUCAGAGGAAAGCAGGGGAGACGCUAUGGAGCCAGCAUAAGAACCUGCCCAGUGUGUGGUUGUUCUGGAGUUAACUCCAUUACCAACUGGAAAUGCUAUGAAUAAACAUCCCUGACACAGAAAAAAAAAAAUCUUUAAUGAGGAUUGUCAUAGUCAUAAACCGUCACUAAAUGUGUUCAGUACCUCUACUGCAUCUGGCCAAAAUUCGGGUGUUUUCUUAAAAUGAUUCAAACCAUAUUUUAUGCCAUGCACAAGUUUAGAACGAAUAAUAGCUCUCUCAAUUCCUUGCAACGUGAAAAAAGGGAAUAUACACUAAAAAGGCACUUGAAGUUGGAAGGUGGAGAGUUGAAGUUACCAAAUUUUUCAAACACUUCUUUUUUGCCCUAGAUUUUGGAUAGUUGGCUGUCAACUAGCUGCAAAUUGUUGGUUAUGACAAUUAGCAAACAUUAUGACAACACAGCAGCAAAAAGAAAGCAUGACUAACUUUUAUGCACUUUUUCUGAAACUGGAACGUUUUGGUGGUUGCAAAUAUUAUUUACAAAACUAUUCACUCUCGGCUAAAAGUAUUAUUAAUUAAAAAAUAUGGCACAAUAUUUCAUAUUGGAUGAACGAAAGCAAUAAACCACGUUAAAAAAUUCCUAUAUGAAUAUAAACAGAUUAUUUAAUUCACACCAUAUUAAGCAUAAAAUGCAUCCUAAAAACUCUCCAUCUAGUAUCUUUGUUCACACAUAUGUCUUUGGCCAGAAUUUAUUACCAUAUUCAACAAGCACACAUUGCAAUUAAUUUAUUUAUUUACUGACAUUUUCUAUGUUUUUUUUAAUAAUACAAUUGCUUGCAGAGUGCCAACAUCUCUUGGGUAUAUGUCGAUGCAUGUACUUCAUAUAAAUAAUAUGUGUGCAUGUGCAGUUUCCUUGUUGUCCAGGUGUAUAGAAAAAGCUCCAUCAUCAUUGCUCAUACAGCAGCUUAUAUAAACACUAGGUAAUGCUGCUAGAGAUUACAUGCAGAAUGCUGGAUCUGAUGAGCUCAAAUAUAAGAUAGCCUGUGCAGUAUAAUAUUUGGGAUUAGACUCGUAAUCUCUUUAGGGAAAGUGUGCAGUAUCAGCAGAACAGCCUUCCAGCUCCAUACAGAAAUUCUGACUCACUCAUUUUCUUCUUAAUCUACAUUUUAAAAGUGCCCUGUGUUAUCAUUUUCACUAUAAACUAAGAUUUUGAGUUAAUACCCAAAAAUGCAAACUGUUAAUUUAUGAUUAAAGUUGUAAGAAAAAAAUAAUUAGUAAUUAAAACACUUCCUAAUUUAUAGCUCAUCAAUUUUGCAUUUUCUUAGAAUAUUCUGCAGAUGCCCCAUUGGUGAUAGGUUUGCUGCUGUUCUGGAGCUGGUGGUAGAAAGGAAAGGGUGAGAGGGGAAGGGAUAUAUUUCCAAAAUAUUUUCACCUCUUCUGGAUCUCUUGGAAGCCGUAAAUGGAAAUUUGUCACAGCCGCUACGCUCAUUGAUAUUCUCUAGACAGCAGGAUGUUCUGUAGAGGUUAUUGAGAAUGCACAUAUAGACAUCAUCACAUGUCACAUGUGACGAUAACAGUAAAGUCACCGGUCACUUAGUGAUGGUAUAUGUCAAUGGAAAACCUCAGCAAAACUUCCUCACUGACAAUCAGCAUGCUGUACAGGUAAUACCUAUUUUGUUUUCAGUCAACUUUUAAUUGUGUUUAAAAAAGUAGGAAACUCAUCUAAUUAAAGUAAGAUCCAGUUUUAACUACUUACCUUUUAAUUCAUAGGUUACAUUUUUCCAUUUCAUAUAGACAUGACCUGCCUGACUGAUCUAUUUUAUAAUGCAGUGGUAUUGAUAAUAUUUGAUGUGUCAAUAUUAUCAUGUUGUGUUCCAAAUUAAUAUUGAUAUGCAUGUUUAGUAGUUCCAAUUCUAAAGAGUAUUGGUUAAUUGUUAGAAAAGCAUUCAUGUGGUUUAUUACAUCCUUUUUUGGUGUUGAAUUGGCUUAGGGUCUUUUAUUGUGUGAAUACUUCUUCUUGGUUUGUCUGUGAUCUCUAAAGCUUGGCUUUUAACAUAAGGUAUAGGCCCUAUUUCAGUGAGUAAUUAAGAAAGUUGUGUUUGUGAUCUAUUCUGAUCAGAUUGACAUUGUUAACGACUCAUUUGUUAUUAACUAAUUUACUCCUAAAAUAUCAAUAAUCCUGCUAGGGACUGCUGUUUUUCACUUUUAUAGCUUCUCGGGAUAGCUCUUAAUAGACUCAGAUGGAAAUCUUUAUGACAGCAUCAAGUUCAAGAAGUACCACAAUGAAGAGCUCAUCAUGUAAAUGCAAUUGGGAAAUCAAGAAGAGCGCUGCUAUUCAAAUAAUAGCCUUUAUUGUUACAUGUGGCGCAAGUCAGCCAUAAUCAUAAACAUGUUCAACUGACUGUGGCAAUGUGAGUCUUUGCAUUCAACUAAAAUUUAAUAAAUAUCCAAACUGAAGAACUUCUAUUCUUAGUGUAUAUGCCCUUGAUGUUAAAUGAGUACUCCAAUCAUCUUAACCACUAUAGUACACUGUAGCAUGAUGUAGUGGUUAUGGUGCCAGGAGUGCUCUUUCCCCUCGUAAGAAGUCAAACCAUUGGCUAUUGGCAAACCUAAUGGAAUGAUUUCUGAUUCAAAUUAAUUAAAUUGAGACCUGUGUGAGCUAGAUAGCAACUAUCCCCAGUAUCUAUAUUUUCAGAGCUUGUCUAUGCUUGGUACAUCAUUAAAUGGGGCUUAGUUAAAUAGUUAAAUAGUCAUAACUCUUGCACUUUUAGUGACAAUGGUAAACUAGUCUCUCUGGCACCCAGUGGAUACAAGAUAAGUUGUGAAAUUACUUUACUACUCUCACUGUGGAGGGGGAAAGGCACUCCUGGUUCCAUAACCAAUAUAGGACACUAAGGACAUAGAUAUAGGUCAGGGGAUUGGUGAAUUGUUGCUUAUUCUUUAACUGCAAUGGGAAAACAAUUGCAUGCUUGUUUCUUCUAUUAUAUUAACAUAGCAUCUGCUUCACCAACAGAUUCCAAGAAACAACUGUUAACCAUAACAUGAAAAACAGGAGAUUAUUAGGGAUAUUUCUCUGUUUAUUAUUAAACCAUUUGCAUCUGUACUUUUUUUGUGAGAAGAGCAGAAUCUAGAUUUCGUUCUGGUUAUUACAUGUCCCAUAAAUGUUAACUCUUCUCUUCAGUCCCAUUAUACAUUGGGUGAAGCAACAGGAUGGAGCUCCUGGUUCCAUUUUAGUAUUUAUGAAGUCUAUGGAACCUCUGUUAUUUAUUGUUAACCAUCAUACUGCUCAUCAAAUUGCUAUGGAAAUGGGAGUGCCUUUCCAUUGGGCCCACUGAAGGGCUUGAUUUUAUUUUUGUAGUCCUUUAUAUGAAAAAAAUAUUUUUACUUUAACAAUUUUUUGAAGCUCUGGAACAUGCAGUGUUAUGCUAUUGUGAGGUCUUGGAGCCUUAGAUAGGUUGUUACCUUACCAACUUAUUUAUUUAAACUCUACAACACUAGUCAGCUUUUGCAGACAGCAUGCCAACAACUUGCAUACUUCAGUUUAUUGUUUUGAUCUGCUUGGUUCAGAUGUAGUUAGUUGCUUGAUAUAUGCCUUUUACUUGGUGCUUAAUUAAGUUUAUUCAUUUUUAUCAGACACUGAAGUGUCCCAAUAUUGAUUAUUCAAACUAUUGAGUUAUUCUUUAAAGCUGUGCCAGAUUUUCACCAAUAUAUACCAGAAGUGGAAUUUUUUAUUUAGUGACUAUUGCAUUCAGAUUUUGCAAAGGGAUGCAAGUUCAGACUUGCUAACCCAUUCUGUAAUAUAAUGAAAAUUAUUUUGCUCAUAUAUUUAUCAGAGAUCGGUAGCAUGUAGUGGCUUUACAUGGAUGUAAACAUACUGAUCUAAUAUGUAGUAUCCAUUAAAUUGCACAGAGAUUUUUUGUUUAACUCAGACAGUUGUACAGAUAGUCUGGACAUAUCACAUAGCACGUUUGCAUUUUAGAAAGAUAUGUUAAUGAGAUGAGAAAUUCUACUACACCCUAUAUUGAUGAGCCAAAAUGUGUUAAAUGUGAGGCUAUUUAAACUUUGAACAAAUGCAAGAUACCUAAGAGGGAAGAGCAAAUAGAGCUACCUUUGGACAUCUGGGUCAUUUUGCAGAUAUAAGGGGAAACCCAUUGGGACCAUUUUUAUCCAGUUUACUCUUUUGGCUCUUGAAGAACAGCUGUGUAUUUUGUAUGUUUCAGUGAAAAAAGACUCAAAAGUCUCUUAAAUUGUCAACAGUGGAAUUUCCAAAACAAAAAGAAAGGGAAUGAAAACCAUGCAACCUUACACGAUUAAACAAACAUUGUGAAGGAAAUGUAAGAGACUGUGACACUCAUUAACACUGCAAAGGAAACUUGGUACCUAGUUUUAGUUACUGAAACUCAAUAUGUUUCUAGGAAAGCAAUAGCUAUGUUUCACCUUGUGUGUACAAUCAAUAACCAAACGGUUUAGUUACACAUUCUCCAAUUGUCCUUCUUUCACACAAAGGAUAAAUGCCUUUUAUGAACACUGUACAAGUAUCUUUAUAGAGUUACAAAUUAGCAGCCAAACCUAGGAUGUUUGAAGCAAUAUACAUCUCUGGUAAUCCUUUUAAACUGAAGUCAAAAUUUGUUACAGCAGAACUGCCAUAUUUCUAUUUUUAAUGGCUUACAGUGUAUUCAUCCAAAUGAUUCUAAUCAAAAAUUAUGAUCCAUUAGGAAUCAGAAAUGUAUGUUAAAAAAAGCAAAAAAAAUAGUUUUUUAAAUUUCAUUUUUAACCCCUUCAGGACCGCUAACGGUUCAGGACCGUCAGUGGUAAAACGCGCGUUUGGACCGCUGACGGUCCUGAACUGUCAUAGCGAAAAACGGGCUGCGGGAAGCGAUCAAAGAUUGCUCCCGCCGGUAUAACACUGUAACUAUCUGCCAGACAUCCCAGGCAGAUAGUAACAGCCAACUGCGGCGUGUGACAGGAGUUAGCUGAGGGAUUGCUGUUUAGUCUGUUUUAGUAAAAAAAAAAUAGAAAAAAAAGUAUAAAUUUUUUUUUGUGUGUUUGUAAUUUGUUUUAGUCGUGUGUAAAACAUGCAGCGUAUGUAUACCUUGGAGGAGGCAUAUGCCUUCUUGGCGUCAGACUCUUACAAUGCUCAUGGGGAUUAUAAAGAAGCCAUUGAUUCGCUCAUACUGGAGCACCAACCCAAUAAUGUCUAGUCCAGUAUUCUCCCCAACCAUGCCUAGAGCCAGAUACGAGUUACUGCUGAGAUUUUUACAUUUCAGUGACAAUACCCUCUGUCACCCUAGAGAUCACCCCCAAUACGAUAGGCUUCAUAAAAUACGCCCACUGCUAGACCAUUUUCAGGACAAAUUUUCAGAUGUUUAUACCCCCCAACAAAAUGUAUCCAUAGAUGAAUCGCUAAUGAAAAACAAAGGGAGAUUAGGGUUCAGACAAUACAUCCCCUCAAAGCACUCUAGGUAUGGCAUAAAACUGUACAAACUGUGCGAGAGCGAAAGUGGAUACACGUUUGCCUUUCGUGUAUAUGAGGGGAAAGAUGGUCCCUCCUUGCUGUCCUGACUCCCUGGGGACAAGUGGGAAACUUGAAUGGGACCUACUAAACCCCUUGUUUUAUAAAGGUUACCACCUUUAUGUGGAUAUUUUUUAUAGUAGUGUCCAUCUGUUUAAAACACUUUAUGGUUUACAGACACUGGCCUGCGGAACUGCCAGAAAAAAUUCCAAAGACUUUCCACGAUCUCUCAUAGAGGCAAAAUUUUAAAAAGGUGAAUGUAAAGCACUUCGCAAAGCUGAAGUGCUUGCACUAAAAUUUAGGGACAGGAAGGAUGUCAUCAGGGAGCAUAAUAAGUACAUGGGGGGUGUUGAUUUGGCUGAUCAGCUGAUGCAGCCAUAUCUUAUUUUACGAAAAACCAAAGCAUGGUAUAAAAAGGUGGCUAUCUAUCUGAUGCAAAUAGUAAUCCACGACUCAUUUUUGCUUUUUUUUAAAAAUAUUCCAGGGAAAACCACCUUUCUCCAAUUUCAGUUGAAAAUUAUUUCUUUAACAAUUUAUGGAGAUGAACAAGUUCCAACAACGGUGCAAGCUGAGUCCAGGCAUUUUAUUUUUAAGUUACUGCCAACGGCUGGAAACCCCCCACUCCCUCCAGAAACGUUGCUGGGUCUGUUUUAAAAACGGGAAAAGGACAGACACCCCUUUUCACAAGUACAAUGUGUGUGAAAAAGCAGAAAAAAAAUUACUACCUCAAUGUUUGACAAAGCCUGGUGGUAGAAUUAGUGCAUGGAAAGUGUUAAAAUACCACCAUGUGAAAUACCCUAGGGUGUCUACUUUUCAAAAAUAUAUGGUUUGCUGGGGUAAAAUACAUUGUCCGGCUUCAAAAAUGUCCCAAAUAGGACAUGCAUGCAGGUUGACUACAUGUCAAAAUUCCAAGCUUGGAAACUGAUAUGAGCACCUGCCAAAUGUGGCCUUUUAGCCCCCCAACAACCCGACACACCUAUACAUGGGUGGUAUCACUGUACUCGGGAGAUGUUGCUGAACACAUAUUAGGGUGUUGUUUGGAGUGACACCUAACAGAAUCUGUGAAUUUAUACCUGAAUUGCAAUGUAUGUGAAAAAAAUAAAAAAAAUAAACUACCAAUGCAAAGUUUGGCAAAGGUUUGUGAUAAAAUGGCUGCAUAGAAAGUAUCAAAAUAUUCUUAGAUGAAUACCCUGGGUUAUCUAGUUUAAGAAAGAUAUAUACAUGUGGACUUUAUUUUUGGAGAUUUAUGACAUAACAGUGUUACAAUGUCACUAUUGACACAUUUGAAAAAUGUACAUUUUGAAACAGCAAUUUCCUACUUGUACUUAUAGCCCUAUAACUUGCAAAUAAAAGCAAAAAAAACACAUAAACAUUGGGUGUUUUUAAACUCAGGACAAAAUGUUGAAUCUAUUUAGCAGUUUGUUUCAUUUGAUUUUGUAGAUCAGUAAAAGAUUUUUUAAGUAGAAGUCAAAAAACGUGUUUUUUUUAUUUUUCACCAUAUUUAUUUUUUUUUUAAAUUAAAUUAUAUGACAUGAUACAAAUAAUAGAAUGUAAAGAAAGCCCCUUUUGUCCUGAAAAAAACAAUAUAUAAUUUGUAUCGGAACAGUAAAUGAGAGAGCGGAAAAUUACAGCUAAACACAAGCACCACAAAAGUGUUAAAAUAGCUCUGGUCCUUAACGUACAAACAUCGCAAAAACAGUCCGGUCCUGAAGGGUUUAAGUUUUCAUUUGUUGUUGAUUUGCUGGCACAACAUAUAGAUGAAAUAUAUGGAUAUGUGAUCCAAGGGUGUUCACUGACCUUUACAAUUUACACAUUAAGACACCACUAAAAAAAGAACAGUGUUUUAUUUAGCUAUAUAGACAUUACACAGUUGUUUUUUUUUAUUUUUAUAAAACUAUAUAUAGAACUUGUUAUACACUAUGGCCUGGAGGAUAGCUCUUAGCAAAGCAUGUAAAGAAUUUAGUAGUAACUCUUACUAAAUGAUUAAUAUCUAUACCAUAAAUUGGUACUUUCUUUGGUAACUUUGUGACUUUGUGGGCUUCCAAAAUUGAAAAUUAACAAAAUUCUAAAUCAAAAUGUGAAAAUUAACAUAUUUCCAGACCGAAAUCUGAAAAUAAACAAAUUUCCAAACCAGAUCGGUUCACCUGAAUUGAUAUUUUUCUAAUUUGAGACAAAGUUAAAUUUAAAAAAUAAUGAAUCGAUCCAAAAUGAACCAAAACAAACCCAAUGCACAUCUCCAAUUAAAACUGUUAAUACUUCCACUAUUUUGGUGUUAAACUCCAGUAGUUUCAUCAUGUAAUGAGCUAGCUAUAACACGAAUUGCAAAAAGACAAUAUAUGUCAAUAAAUUUUAUUUUGUGAACUUAAAUAUGCUAAUACUGGCAGUCCAGUAUGAAAUACUGUAUAUACUCGAGUAUAAGUCGAGUUUUUCAGCACAUUAUUUGUGCUGAAAAACCCCCACUCGACUUAUACUCGAGUCAAGGUCUGUAUUAUGGCAACUUACAUUGCCAUAAUACAGACCAGGACCGCCGGGCUCCUUACAAGCCGGCGGUCCUGUUGGGGGCUGGCAGAGAGCUGUUACUUACCUUUCCCUCAGCUCCUGUCAGACGCUCCCUUCUCCUCCGGUCCGGUCAGCUCCACUGUAAGUCUCGCGAGAGCAGCGAGGUCAGAGCGUUGCCGUGACAAUGCUCCACGCGGCAGUCACACCGCGAGACUUACAGUGGAGCUGACAGGGGAGCUGACCGGACCGGAGGAGAAGGGAGCUGACAGGAGCUGCAGGAAAGGUAAGUAACAGCUCGCUGCCAGCCCCCCUCCUACACAGCCCAUCCACUGGACCACCAGGGAAUGAGAGCACCCCUCCCUGGCCAUGUAUCAAGCAUGGAGGGGGAUGAAAAUAAAUAAAUAAAAAUUUAAAUAAUAAAAUAAAAUUAUUAAUAAUAUUAAAAAAAUUAAUAAUAAUAAUAAUUUAAAAAAAUAAUAAAAAUGCCCACCCCCCACCAAGGCUCUGCAUCACAUACACACACUGCAUUCAUACACACACACACAGCAUUCAUACACACACUGCAUUCAUACACACACACUGCAUUCACACACACACACACGCACACUGCAUUCACACACACACUGCAUUCAUUAUAUACACACACUGUAAAUAAAUAUUCAAUUAAUAUCAUUUUUUUGGGAUCUAAUUUUAUUUAGAAAUUUACCAGUAGCUGCUGCAUUUUCCAUCCUAGUAUUAUACACGAGUCAUAGUUUUCCCAGUUUUGGGGGGUAAAAUUAGAGUCUCGACUUAUAUUCGGGUCGACUUAUACUCGAGUAUAUACGGUAGGUACUGUGGCCUUAAUUUAAUUGGUUUGAAUCAGAAUUAUGAUUUCAAUCUGUUGGAAAAAAAACUAAACUUUUUCAAUGUUUAAUCUACAAAAAAUCCCAUAGACUUCUGCAGACAAAUAAUUAGAAAUAUUUUUUUUUCAAACAUAAUGGAAUGAUUUCUGAUUCAAACUAAUUAAAUUGAUGCCUGUGUGAGCUAGAUGGCAAUUAUGCCCAGUAUCUAUAUUUUCAGAGCUUGUCUAUGCUUGGUACAUCACUAGAUGGGGCUUAGUUAAAUAGUUAAAUAGUCAUAAUUCUUGUACUUUUAGUUGCUCUCUGUAGGAUCUGCUUAUUCAGAUGGAUAUAUCUACUAUUAAACCCUAUUCAUUUUUAGUAAUACAGAGAAUUAUAUGUCAGUGAUCACUGAAGCAUUUACUGUUACAAUAUACACUUUAUCUUUUUGUUUGUCUUUUUGGUUAAAAUAAUUAUGCAAAUUAUAAGUUAAAGUGUGUAUCAUGAUACAAAUUAAAAAUGUUUAACAUAUCUAGCUUGGUUUAAAGAGAAUUAGCAAACUAUUAAUGCAGAAUCUUACACGUGAUAAAUAUUCGCCAUUGUUUAUUCUGCUUAUGUCACUGUUAUUAAAAGAAACAUGUACGUUUCAAAUUAUCACCUACUUUAAAAUAGUAAAAUAAAUGAUUGCAUCUUUAAAUUCACCUGUAUCUAAAUCAGCUGCUUUAAUCUGUAACAGGAUGAAUGUAAAAUAUAAAUUGCACUGUCAGCUGAACUGUCUCCUGUCCAUUUUUUUCAGCACAAAUUGAAGUGAUACCAUGCAAAAUAUGUGGAGACAAAUCUUCAGGAAUCCACUAUGGUGUUAUCACGUGUGAAGGCUGUAAGGUAAGGAGCGAACUGUGAGAAGUGCAUUUGCAUUGUAUUUAAAAUAUAUAAAUUAAUAUGUGCUAAAAGUGUGUGCUAAAUGUGACACGUCUUUUUAUUAUGCAAAUAACUGAGCAGAUAUAGCUCUACAAAUUACAUUAAUGCUCAUCUGUAUGGUACAUUUCAUACAGUAGAUGUUUUUGAUGUGAGACUCGCUCUGAUGACCAUUUAAUCUGAUCUCUUCUACACAAUAGAUGCAUUAACUGUCUGAAGGAUAGUGCAUUGGAUUGAGCUUCCUAGCAUCUGUGAGUAGUUAUGUUUAUGCAGUACAUGUAAGAUGAUAUGAAUCAUGGAGUGAAAAUAAUUCUGGGCAGAUAUGUGAUGUGGUUUAAUGCUCUACAAUUUGAUAAUAGAAUGGAUGUAUGCCUGAGGUCCCAUCACAUACAGUAUGUAGGUUUUUGUGGACAGAGUCAAAAAAAUAUAUAUACUAAUAUUAUAUACCAAUAGUGGCUUUUAUAAGCAUUUCCUGUUAUAUCUACAAAAUAUGGAACAGUUGUUUUUUUUGAGAGGAUUUCAUCCUUCUGAUGAUUACUGAAAGUCCCAUGAAUUUGGAGGAGUGUUUUGAAAGAGGAAAGACUGGUAAAACGAUAAUACUAGUGUUGCCAUGUUUAUGAACGCACGUAGAUUGUACAUAUGGAUGGACUGGUCAAGAAAAGUGCUAUCUUGAAGUAGCCUGUAUGUAGAAUUCAAAUACAGCAAUAUAAGAUGAUUUAUCAACCUGGAAUCCUGUAGUAUAAGAAUUAUACAUACUGCAAGGCAGUGAUAUCAAGUGAAAAUAAGGUGGAUGUAACAACCCUGGGCACAGUUUGUGAGAGUAUCUGUCUAGUGACGGUAUCUGUCUAGACUAUUUGAAAUGAUGACAAACCUGGUGAAAAAAUGGUUUGAUUUUGAUAAAGGACCAAUAUAGGAUGAAUUGUUCUAAUAGUCUACAGAUUCUGCAAUGCUAAGAACAGUUUUUAGGCAAGAAGCACGUUUUUUGCAUUUAUAUUUGCAAGUGACAAAGAUAUUUUACAAAAGACACCCUCUAUAAUAUAAUAAUUAAACUCUUCACCAGAGUAAACACUAAAAGGAUAAACAACAUUUAUAUGAUAAAUGCACAGUCCCAAUUGUCCUAAUUUUCAUAGGACUGUCCCUAUGAAAGGGUCCUGCAGCACCACCCCAAUUUUGUUCUUUGUUGUCCCACAUUCGGGAAUGCCAGGGAAAUGCCCUCCUAACCUGCACAGUGCAAGCGCAGAAGUAGAGUUGUUUGUACUGUGCGGUGGACACUAGCACAUGAAUGCUCUCUGCAUGGUCUUCUGUGUUGGAAGUUGGCCAGUGAGGCUGUCAGUCAGUUUAGCAUGCUUGCCACCAGUAUGACAUCCUGAUUCAGUGGAUGAAUCUGUCCCCUUUCCAGAACUGUCCAGUUUCCAGGUAUACCGGCUGUUAUGUGCAUUGCCAAUAACACAAUAUGUAUCCGUGGCUCCGCCACCCAGUGCUUAACCCCACCCUGAUCCAAUGUUGAAAGGUAUGAAAAUAGUUGUUAAUUUUAUGUUUUCCAUAUACAUAAUGAAAAAGAAAACUUAUUAUUAUUUAAUACAGAAUAUGCUUCUUAAGUAAAAAAUAUACCAGUAAUGUCAAACAAAAAACAGAUGUAAUAAGAAGAUUAUAAUUUCUUUGUUACAGCAUGUUGCAAAUUAAAACUGAUCUAAAUACAGUGCCUAUAUGUGGUUAAUAAACUAUGAAUCACUAUAUUAUACUUUACUCAUGCAAUACAUUUUUCAUACCUUGGUUUAUAUCUCUCUGAUUUAAAGUAGGCGGCUACAGACCAUCAUUCACUUAUUUGCAAGUAACCUGUCCGAGAGCUUUAGUUUAAUCAUAAAUGAUUUAGAGGCCCAUCACACCAUUAAAAAUAGCGUGCAGAGUCUUGCUGAUAGCAUAUCAACCCUACUAACAGUCGAUUAAGGGUUUGCUGGGACUCCUUUUGAUCUUAGUUUAUUGUGUUUGCGAGAUUUAACCCCUUAAGGAGCAAACUUCUGGAAUAAAAGGGAAUCAUGACAUGUCACACACGUCAUGUGUCCUUAAGGGGUUAAAGAAUUCUGCAGCUUUUUAAUGUGCCAUAUAGAGAAACUUUUCAUCAUCUUGGUGAGGAAAUGCGAACAUUCAGCAUUGUCAGCUUUUUCUCCAGAAAAUAGGGUGCCAAUAGAUUGUGAUCUGUCAAACUUUCCAAUAUAUGAUAAACUGCAUGGAAGUUUCAAUGUGUGCUACAUUCCUCUCAUAACAAAACCAAUGUUUACAUAAAUUAUGUGUUUUUUCCUCAUUGUGUGAGAUUUUUUUUCAUAAUAUAUAUGUUAUUUUUAAUAAAAUUAAUCCCUGUCCCAGGCUUUAUGAGAUUAAUAAGAGUUCAUGAAUCUGACUGUAGCCAGAAUCUACUGCUGCCAUCCUUAAGUCUAUAUUAUUAGUAAUAGGUCAAGUAAAGUGCUGGGAAAAGGGAGACCUGCAACUCCAAUCACCCAGCAUAUCACUAAUAGGAGAUGGGCAUCAUCAAUAAUGUCAGCCCUGCAACUGAAGGUGUCCCUCUGUGCUAGUUUUAUCCAAAUCGAAGAUCUUUGGAGUAGAAGAGCACACAAGGUCUGUGAAAUUCAUCAUUACAUGUGUAUGAGAAAAAAUAUAUACAUUUUACUGCAAAAUGGGCCAGCAAUUGGUGAUGAAACAACCAAGAAAAAAGACACAAAAUGCCACACAUUAAAUAGCUCGAAAUAUGUUCGUUUGCAAAUGGUUUACGACUACUAUUUUGUUCUAAACGUGAUGUAAAUUAGUAAUUGGGAAUUUUUAAAUUGGAAACUGAAAUUGGAAUAUCUGUAAACUGAGGCUGUAACUUUAAAAAAAAAAAACUGGCCUGUUUUUAAAACGCUCAAUACUGGAGAUAUUGCUAGGGAGCACAAGCAGAAUACGAAUACAAUAUUUUAACAGUAGAGGGACACACACAGUCUGCGAAAUUCCCAAUGAAAAUGAGACCUGUGGGAAAAACUUGAUUAACUAUAACCAGAUCAGAUUUAAAAAGUAUUAAAUACUCUUAGUUAAAUACAGUUGGGGGGUAGGGGAGAUUGGAUGGAGUCUUCAACUGCAUAAGUUUGUUUAAGAAUUUUUGGAUUCUGUAAAACUGCAAUUCCCUUCACCUUUUAAACAUAUAUGACCCUAAUAAGGUAGAAAACAUUUUUGGGAGGAGUUGGCUGUAAUGCAACUGAUUAUACAUUUUAUUCUGCUUCUUAUGAAACCUGUUCUCACAUUGAUUUAUUUUUUUUAUCAUAAGACAAGUUUUGACUUUAUUUACUGUGUUGGAAAUCAAUUAUAUAUCCUGGUCAGAUGAUGUUGUUUAUAUUAAAGACUCUUUGACCCUGCCCAUUGGUCCUGGUACUGCAUCAUUGAAGGUCCUUAAUAGUAAAGUGAUCCAAAAUAUUUUUACUUAUAAUAUCUCUUCUGAGGUAUCUGGUUCCACCAUUUGGUCUGUCUAUAAGGCGGUGUUUCAGGGACAUUUGAUCAAAUUGGCUACCUGUAAAAAGAAAGCUAAAUCACAAGCUAUAUUCGAAUUUCCAAGAGGCUCUCCAUGAGAUGGACACCAAGCAUAAAACUGACUCUACCUCAAGGUCCUUGGAGGAGCUGAGGGCUAUUAGGUAACAACUCAAAUGUUUUCUUCCAGAUUGUGUGGUCUCGUUGUCUUUUCUUUAAAAAAGCAAAUAAGAUAGAUGUAUUUUUAGCUAGAAUAUCAUACUCACAGGUUAAUCAUAAAACAAUCACUGCUGUGUGGGCUGUUCAUGGGCAAUUGGUGUCUUUACUGGAAGCCCCCUGUUGUGUUUUUGAGACUUUUAUUAAUCCAUUCAUAGUCAUACCCCGGGAUGUCCUUGAGAUGUUUUUUUUCUUUUAAAUCCCUGACUCUUUCAUCUAUAUUUAUUGUGGAUGUGUGGAUGGGUAGACAUUUUUUCACCUGAGAUAACGCAGCCAUUUCUGUUUUGAAAGUGAAUAAAGUUUAUGGAGACACUUUAGCUCCCUAUUUGGCCAUGAAAGGUGACUCCCUUUCUCCAGAGAUGACAUUAGCAAACACUAUCUUACUACAAGGGAGGGACGAGAUUCUACUUUAGUGGGUAAUUACAGACCAAUACCCCUAAUAAACGCAGACACUAAAAUCUUAGUGAAGGUACUGGCGGCCAGAUUAAACACCUUAUUGAUGAGGUUGUUCAACUGUGACCAGGUCAGAUUUAUCCCCCAAAGACAAUUUAAUCAGCAUACUAGGAGUGUUGUGUAUUUGGCUUGGCAGGUGGGUGCUAUGUGGACACCUUCUAUGCUCCUUUCUUUGUAUGCAGAGAAGUUGCUUGACAGGGUGGAUGGGCCAUAUCUGUUUUAAUGAUUGGAUUUUUUGGGUUUCUCUAACCAAUUUUUGAGUGCCAUUAAAACUUUGUAUGUUGGCCCAAAGGCAUUGUUUACACUUUUGCUGUGUCUUCUUUCUAUAUUAUUGACCAUUACUGAACCCAUGUAUUCCCUGACUCCAUUAUUUCAGCUAAUUAUUAUUAUUUUAGGUCUUUAUUGGGCUAUAAAGUUAAUGUUGACAAAUUCAGAACCAUACCCAUGAAUUUGUCAAUCGCUCACACAGGACUAGUUUGGUCAGUCUUUAAGAUGCAGAUUAAAUUAUCUAUUAAGUGUUUAGGAAAACUGGCUACCGACGGUCCCCAAGGCCAGUUUUGUGGACAACUAAUCACCGAUGUUGCAUACCAUAAAAGAGAUGUGCAGCUGUCAGAGGAGAGACCUAUCUCCUAGAUAGGAUGCAUUGCAUUACAGUGAAUGUUUUCCCAACGUUAUUGUUUCACUCUAAGGAUAUUCCAGUUCUUGUCACAAAAAAAAUAAAUCUAGAAGGCACAAUGAAGCCUAUAGAUGUGUUCAUAUGGUAUAUAAAGCAACAUCGGUUAGUGAGACAUGUGUGACUUUGCACAACAAGCAGCAGUGAGGAAUGCUGCUGGGUUGACUCUGCUUUUCUUUGAAGAUCUUUGUUUUCAUGGUCUUUACCACAAAGGUCUUAUUUCACAUACUUAAAACUAUAUUUGUUCACAUCCCACAAUCUGGAGACACAAUCUGUUAUGUCAAGGGGUGGGAACAGGACCAGGUGUCAGGAUUACAAGUUGAUCCAGCACGCAGUACUGUGUCACACCUAGGGACUAAGAAUAUCGUAUAACCGGACCUUAGGCUGGCUGGACUUAACGUAUCCAAGAAUAGUCAAAAUACUUGCCGAGGUCAGGGACACAGAAUCAGACACAACGAUGAGGGAAAGCCAAAAGUCAAGCAUACCAGAUAUCAGGGAAGUCAAAACAAAGCCAAAGUCAAAUACCAGAGAAUCAAGAUCAGGAAAGCACUCUCAGAUAACCAUAGGCAUGAAACCACGACAGGGCAAUGAGCAAAAGGAGAAUUGUGUUUAAAUACCCCUCCUGUGGAUCCGAUUGGCUGUAACCGGCCUUUGACCCCAAAGGCAAUUACCAGGUUUCCAUGUGCAUGAUUGCUGCUCAGCACAAACCCUCUUGUGGAUUUCAUUGGCCAUGACCGGUCUUUGACCCCAAAAGUAAUUACCAGGUUUCCAUGUGCAUGAUUGCUGCUCGGCACAACUUUUUCUGACAGGACGGUAAUGUUGCUCGGCACACCUUUUCCUGUCAGGACAGUAAAUGCCAUUAACCACAUUUUUAUGUGUAGAUGAAUAAGUGACACCAGGGUAGGUGCAGGAUAGUGACAUGUGGGAUGACAUUUGGGAGGCAGUCACCAGGGUUUCCUUUUGUAUAACAUCCGAGGAACAAAUAAAAAAAAUUCAUUUAGGAGGUAUACAACCUAUGUACACCUGUUUCAUAUGGGAAAGAUUCCAGCUGAUUGCUGGUGACUACUCGGCCAUCGUGGUAGAUACCUCUACAUGUGAUGAUGUUGUGGUCUUGUCCUGUGGUAGUUCCAUUUUGUAAGUGAAUGAGAGAUCCUUUGGCAGCUAUUUUUAAGAGAGCUUUUGAGUUAAAUCCCUGGCUAUUCUGUCUCAUUUCAUAGAGCGCAGAAACUAUUUAAUAAAAUCACUCUGGCUGCUAGAAGGGCAUUGGCUGCAUCUUAACUGGCGACCUCCUUCUACCCUGGAGGUCGGGGCCAACAUUGAUGACAAUCAGUUAACUGAUCAAUUGACAGCUACUGUGUAAUUACUUUAUUCUCUCCUUUUAUAGUUUGGAGUAUUUGGCAGGAUUGGAUGUCUCCAUCCUAGCUUUAGGUAAUUUACCCAUAAUGUUUAAGUUUCAUAAUGGUGAUACCUUCCCCCUCCUAAUCCUUACCCUUGUCUUUCCCCUUUUCACUAUAAAUUCAUAUAGUUAAAUUCACAUAUUAUGCAUUUGCAAUCAAGAAAAAACAAGUGAAUACAUUUUGAGAUAAUUUUGUUUAGAUGCACAAGUUGUGUAAAAGCAAAAAUGGUUGCUUCCGUUUGGUACACUAGAAGUAAAGUGGAACUAACAGUGUGUGUCUGUCAGUGAGUGUCUGUCUGUGUCUGUGAGUGUGUCUGUGAGUGUGUCUGUGUCUGUCAGUGAGUGUGUGUCUGUCAGUGAAUGUGUCUGUCUGUCUGUCUGUCUGUCUGUGAGUGUGUGUGUGUGUCUGUCAGUGUGUGUGUCUGUCAGUGUGUGUGUGUGUGUCUGUGUGUGUCUGUCAGUGUGUGUGUCAGUGAGUGUGUGUCUGUGAGUGUGUCUGUCUGUAAGUGUGUCUGUCUGACUGUGUCUGUGUUUGUGACUAUCUGUGAGAGUGUCUGUGAGUGUGUGUGUCUGUGUGUGUGUGUCUGUCAGAUAGUGUGUGUGUCUGUUAGUGAGUGUGUGUCUGUCACUGUGUUUGUGUAGGUCAGUGUUGCAUUGGCUGUGACUGGACAGUGGAGUACCUAAAGGUGCAUGGAGGCAUGCAACGCCACGUCACAUUCCGACGUGAUAUCAACGUGCUCCAACUUCACAGGGUUUAAAGAAGUAGCGGGAGGAUCAAAUUUGUCACAGUGUGUGGACGGCGCAAUUUGGGGUAUACUAGAGGCCGGAGUCGCAUACUGUCAGCGGCAAUGUGAGUGGAGUCUGCUUGUUGGCUAGAGUGGGUGCUGGGAUUUAGUAGAGUGGGAGGACUGGGAUUUAGUAUAUAGGGGAGACUGCGAUUUAGUAGAGGGGGGACUGGGAUUUAGUAUAUAGGGGUGCUGUGGAUUAGUAGAGGGGGAUGCUGUUUUUUUUUUAAUAUUGUAAUUUUCAAAAUAAACCUAUAUGGGGGUGGAGCCUAGCAUCCAGACAGAGCAGUUGUGCUGAACCUCAGCUCCCGCUACACUCAGCACUUUUCGGGGAUAAUCCCCCCAAAAACCAGUCACACACUGGACAGAUACUAGCAUGAAGGGGACACCCGGGGGUAUCACCCGAUACUGAACUCAAGUCUGUAAACCCCCGAGACCCAAAAAAAUGCCCUGAGGCCUACCGGAGAUCGGGCAGCGGGGAGACGGCCGCUCCCCAGGCUGACUGACCUGGACAAGGAUUCAUCGAGAGGGUCAUCUCUUUCACCUCCCCCCCUCUGGACCGAUGGGGGACAUCUCGGUCCAAACCAAUCAACUGGAAUAGCAACAACAAGCAAACCAUAUCAAUCAAUAAACUACAACGCCAAGGCAGCCAAACACAUGGGGUACCCAAAAUGGCGGUGGCAAGCAUACCACACAAAUGCUUACCUGAGAUGGAGGAUCACAGCGACAUCCAACAGCGCAUAGAUACAGCUUUUGACCGAUUCUGGCACAGGCUGGGACAAAGGCUACAAGCACCGAUGGCAAACAAGCAACCCCAGCCAGCUGCGAGCGGACUGAACCGAACCCACGGAGUGCGGAGAAUGGCACCACCGCAAGGGCAGCCAGGCCACAAGACUGGAGCGGGGAAUGCAGGGAAAAGGCACCCCACUCCGGGCACAGCAACUACCCCCAAGACAACAGUGCAAGUAAGCAGCCCACCCAGGCUGGGUGUCAGGAGGAAACUGCCUCCACAGCAUCAACCACCCUGCAGGAGGAAUGCCUGCCCCCGACACCCCUGCCUUUCCACUCCCGAUGACAACUUGCCGCGAACCGGCAUGGGCUGAGCGGGACUGAUAUACAGACACACAGUACUGUUUAACUCUCUCCCCACACCUUCAUUAUCUCUUUAUGUCUUACCUGUGCCAGAUGAUGUGCUAUGCUUUUAAUUGCUACAUUUUAAUUGUUACCUUUAUCGCAGCCAAUGCUAUAACGGCACUGUAUUCCAUUGGCAUGUUGCAUUAAUAGAAGGGCAGCCUACCUUAAGUUUAACAUGUGGGACCAAUAUUAGCCAUGCAACCAUUCCCAUAGCCCAGGCAGCUUUGUUGGCCCUGCUAGUUUAAUAUAACUCAAUAUGAGAUGUAACCAUUACCGAAAGCAUGGUUUCAUAACCUAUCUUGUUGUUAGAGCUGCAUGUCUAGGACCUAGCUUUAUACAAUCAAAAUGGACUCCCAUAAAUGCCACCUGACAUGUGGGACAAAUCUUGCACUGUUUGCUAGUUUAUCAAAAGGACAGGACACUUUAGUGCCCUGUACCAGUUAUGCAAUGUAUAGAUCCUUUGAACAAAAUUAUGCUGCCUCCGUUUCACAUGCCCUAGAUUGGAUAAGCAAACCAAAGACUAGACUAAAUGCUUAAUACAGACAUAGGAUGCGCUAUGUCGUCAGGAUAUUGUUUGACCUGCUCAGCUAAUAUAGGGACACACUCUAACUGUUAAGAAUCACUUCUUAGGAGUGUAUUACUAACCAUCUUGUUAUCAUUAACUUGUGUUACCCCACAACGCCUCCUUUUUCUAUUCUGUACCCCAUAAAGCAUAUGCCAUAAUAAAAGAAAGAUUUACAAAAAAAUAAAAUAAACCUACGUUUCUAUGAAAAUGUUAUAUAUUUUUUUGCGGCCCACAUAAACUUAAACCUUUUUAUGUGGCCCAUGCUAGACUUUGAGUUUGACAUGCUUGGUCUACAUAACUGAGGGGUUAAAUAUUUGUGUGCAUUCAUGUGUGCGUCUAUGCGUGAUUUCGUGUGUUAGCACAUAGAAUGUAAACUACAUAUGUAAUUUUGUUCUUUGCCUUUAGUUAAUAAAGAAAUUCAGCUUUUGAAACUUUAGAAAUUGUUAUUUUGUUUUGAUUAGUUCAAUAUACUUUCAUAAGAACUUCAAAAUGAGCAAGGAUAGCUAAAAACUCUUUAGCGCCCUUUGAUAAAUCUAGAACACAAUAUUAUGCCUGGAUUAUCCUGUAGUGAUUUCUUCUUCCUUGUAUUCAUCCCUGCAUGAUCUUUUUGCACCAGUACCCAAUUGCCUAAAUAAUGGAAUAACUGCAGCAUAAAACACAGCCUUAUUUACCCUUUAAAAAGCUAUGUGCUACAGGCUGUUCUAGCAGAGCUACAAUAAUAUCACUAUAGAAGACAACGACACACUUUUCAGAAGAACUCCUUUUAAUGACUGUACCAUAAAGAAUUAAACCUAACAAGCAAAUCCAUGUAAUUGGGAGAGUGGGAAAACAAGUAGUGCCACUUAAACUGAUGGUGUAUUAAAGAGCAAUCUGUAAAAUCGCUUUAUAAACAAAUAAGAAAAAGCCAAAACCAAGUGUAAAACAGUUAUAGCAGUUAAAAUUAGAACAGCACAAGUUAGGACACUUGAACAUCUGGUUCAUCUGACACAUAUAAAGUAGGAAAGUUUCCUAAACUAUUUGACGUUUUGUGGGUAUUAUUGCAUAAUAAUACUAAUACUUCAAUACAAAUCUAUUUAGAUAGAAGUGUGUGAUAAUAUGUUCAUAAUGACUAGCUCAAUGUCAUCUUAGCCUUUUGACAACAUAUGUAAAAUAGCCAUCUUGUCUCUCUUUAGCCCUUUGUAUCUCAUUUCUUUUCAAAGUUGAAAUUAAUGGAAAGUGAGCCAUAAACUCUGAGGAGUCUUGAUUGUAAGCCAGAAAGUAAUGUUUGAGACUUGCUGCAAAAACCAUAUUGCAGAAUAAGAUUACCACAAUUGGACAGAACAGCAGCAACCUGCUGAGUAAUCUCGCUCUCCAUUGGAUAGUUUGAGUAAUGAUGGGCCCUAGGCAUUAGUUUUGGUAGUGUGUAGUUGAGAUCCUUGCUUAAGCCUUGUAACCAACCCUGGUGAUAUUGGAGUUACAGUGCUAGAUGGAUAUUCAGUGGUAAGUCAUUACAGUGGAUAGGGGAGACCAGCAUCUACUGGUCACAACAAAUCACAUUAUAUUCAGUACAAUUUGUAUUUGUGGGAUCCUCAAAACUAGGAAUUAAUAUAUAUUUAUUUUGUCAUAGGUGUCAUUGGCUUUACGUUCAAAAUGGGAUUCACAACUCUUGGCUCACCUCUAUUGUUAUGGACCCCAGUGAUAUAGCAAUAUAGGUUUCAGAAAAUUUUUAAACUGUAUUUGUUAUUUUGUUGCAAACAACACCAGCACAAGAGAAAUAUAAUGAAAACAUGUUGGCAGUGGCUAGAAAACAAAACAGUUUAGUUGUAUUUGCAGUACAGGGUUUUUUGCUGUGUUAUUCUCAAGACAAACCUCAAAUUAAAGCAUUCCUUUGAACACUGCACAUGAUGUUCUGUCAUGUGAAUAUGAUGUUAAGAAAGUUCACUUUUCAGUUUCAAGAAAGAACAUUAACCAUAAAUGGCAUAGUUCUUUAUAAUGCAAGGCAAUUACCAAAAGUGAAGAACCUAGUGGACUUAUUAUUUUUAUUUUAUUAAAAAGCAUAUGACAAAACUAGGGGCAUUAGAAAACAUAAUAACAUAAUGUCACAUGAUUGUUAUGACAAUUAACAUCAAAAGUUAGAAUUGAUCAAAGCUUAAAAUGAGCAACUUUUUUAGAGAUCAUAAGUAUUUAGACUAUUAAAUUAUUGUAAUUGUGUACACAUGUAUUACAACUAAACCACCAUUCAUUUAAUUAUAUGUUAUAAAAAUAACAAUAAUAAUAAUAAUAACAACAAUAAUAGUCAAGGGUGUUGCUUAGUGGCAAUUGACAAGGGGUUUCAGCCCAAUAGUGCAUUAUAUAGCCCCUUCCUGAAAUAAUGAUUUGUACCCAGCCCCAAAGUAUGCCAUACCUUGCACUAUGUCCAUUCAUAAACCCAAACAUGUUUCAUAACUCAGAUUAUGACACCAAAUGUUUGAAUGAAUUCUGAGUAUUAUAUACAACUGUACUGAUAAACUCCACACCUGCAGCAUUAUCCCUAUGCCAUGCUGUAUUAAACCACACUAUACUGUAUUAAUUCCACACUUGCUGUAAUAACUGCACACCAUGCUGAACUAACCCUGCAUCCCAAGAAUUAAUACAAAAUUAUCACAACAUUAAAACCUUGCGCUCGCAGCAGUACUGUCACACUGAACAAAAUUAUAAACGCCACACUUUGUUUUUGCCCCCAUUUUUCAUGAGGUGAACUCAAAAAUCUAAGAUUUUUUUUCUAUGUACACAAAAGGCCUAUUUCCCUCAAAUAUUGCUCACAAAUCUGUCUAAAUCUGUGUUAGUGAGCACUUCUCUUCCAUCCACCUCACUGGUGUGGCAUAUCAAGAUGCUGAUUAGACAGCAUGAUUAUUGCACAGGUGUGCCUUAGGCUGGCCACAAUAAAAGGCCACUCUAAAAUGUGCAGUUUUACUGUAUUGAGGAAGACCAGGGGGGGCUGACACCAGUCAGUAUUAAUGGCUGUGCGAAGUUGCUGGAUAUUGGCAGGACCUGGAACACGCUGUUGUAUUUGCCGAUCCAGAGCAUCCUAAACAUGCUCAAUGGGUGACAGAUCCUUGCAACAUGGGGCUGUGCAUUAUCAUGCUGCAACUUGUGGAUCGAGUGGUCCGUGGUGGUGGGGUUAUAGUUUGGGCAGGCGUAUGUUAUGGACAACAAAAACAAAAGUGUUGCGUUUAUAAUUUUGUCCAGUGUAGUUACAUAGCUGCACAGAUGAAAGAGACAUGUGUCCAUCAAGUUUAGCCUUUCUCACAUCUCUAUUUGCUGUUGAUUCAAAAGAAAGCAAAAAGACCCCAAAAAAACAGUUUGAAGCACUUCCAAUUUGCAACAAACUAGGAAACAAUUCUUUCAGGACCCCAGAAUGGCAGUCAGAUACCUCCUUGAAUCAAGAAGGUGCACAAAAUCGCACAGCAUAUUCAAUGUGUGGUAUUCCCAGUGAUUUAUGAAGAGGUAAAAUUAUAUUUUCAUCCAGAGAAUGAAUGCCUCUAUUUACACAUUACAUUGCUUACUGGCCUUAGCAAAUCUUGAUUGACAUUGCACAUUGUUGCUUAGUUUUUUGUCUAUUACAUUUCCCAAAUCUUUCUCGUAUCUUGUUAUCCCUAAUUUACUACCAUUUAGGGUGUAAGCUGCUUGUGCACUCUUGAAGUGCAUAACUUUGCUGUAUAAGUAACUGCAAAAAUGGUCCACUAAAGUGACACUGUCACAAAUGAUGUGAUUGGAGGUGUUGUUUCUUUCUCAGUAUUACAGAGGAGUCAGAGCUAAGAAUAAAAGGAUGCCAAAAUUAUACUUGGGACUUUGUGCUCCAGUUCUGAUCAGCCCUCCCUAGCAACAUCCCUCAUAAUAAAUAAUGUCAUUUUCGUAAUAUGCUACACGUGUAUAUUAUUAUGUACAAAAUGCAGCUGCAACACAAAACUUGUAUAGACUGGGUACCUGACCUAAACUGACAACAUUAUUUUAUACCCACACAGUGUUCAUUUUCCUAAAGAGUUCUGAGAGAUGGGACUUUGAUAAUUUUGUUUCUAUGGUAGAAUUUUAUUCAUGUUGUUAUUCCCUAACUAACUAUACAUUCAUUUUAUUUUUAGUUUAAUAAAAUUCAUUAAAGUCAAAUCUACAAAACAUAGGAAGAGUAUGGAGAAACAUUAUAAGGGUUAUUCACUAAAGUGAGAAUUGUCUGGUAUUCAAUGGGAAUUCUAGUAAAAUUUCAAAAUGUAGACUAAGCAGCCAAAUUGGAUGCAUAGUUUACUUGAAGAAUUAUCAAAUGCAGCUAUUUUGACCUUAAAUUUGAAAUUCAUUUUGAAUUCACUGUGAGUUACCAACAAAUCUCACUUUAGUACAUUUCCCUGUAUAUAUUGUAAAAGCUUGAUGCAAAAUAUAUUUAGAAACAAUAGAAAUCCACCCACAUACAUAGUAUGAACUCAUUAGAAACUCACUAUAAAUUUAUACAACGUUUGUAUCUAAUUCCUAUGAGAUUACAUAAAAUGAAUCCGAUAAUUUCUCCACUUGGUUGAAGUUCGUGGCGAACCGCUGCAAACCGUUCACGGCAAGUUCGUGAACGGUUCGCGACAUCACUAUCUAUAAAUGGGCAAUCACAGCAUACAUUAUCGGGAAGUAAUAUGUAGAUUGUAGAAGUGACCUGAAGAGCAUGAUUGCCAUAAAGUAUGUAUAUUUACCUAUAAUGGUUAAGCAUGGAGCUACCUAUGGCAGCCAUAUAGGAUAUAGAUAAGGUUAGAUCAGAGCCCAAGUGCCAUUAAGAUACUUUGCAAACCUUAGUGUUGGAGGAGGACAACCUUAUAACCUUCCUUUGGCCCUAUGAGAACUUCAUCAUUUGCAUGUUUGAAAUGUUUCAAUAUAUAGGGUGCACCAACAAUCCACCACCAGCAGAGGAAACUCCAAAUCCAAGUGGAACAAGGACUUUUCAAGUAUUUGAUUAUUUGUUUAUAUGUAUUUGUAAAUAGAAAUAAAAAAAUAAAAAAUAAAACUUAUUUAGAAAAAUUCUGAUUUGAUUCAAUUAGCGGCAGCUUUCACCAAAUAAGGUACUGGUGCAACAACCCCUGACCAGUUUCAGGUGACAAUUUGUUAAACAAAAAAACUCCCCAUUCUUUACUUUCCUCCUCCUCCCUUUUUUUUUCUUCUGCAAAAACUUGUCUAUUUCAUCUCAUUCUUGCCCGCCUUUCUUCCUUCUUAUCUUCACUUACAGUUGCAAGAAAAAGUAUGUGAACCCUUUGGAAUGAUAUGGAUUUCUGCACAAAUUGGUCAUAAAAUGUGAUCUGAUCAUCAUCUAAGUCACAACAAUAGACAAUCACAGUCUCCUAAACUAAUAACACACAAAGAAUGAAAUGUUGCCAUGCUUUUAUUGAACACACCAUGUAAAAAUUCACAGUGCAGGUGGAAAAAGUAUGUGAACCCUUGGAUUUAAUAACUGGUUGAACCUCCUUUGGCAGCAAUAACUUCAACCAAACGUUUCCUGUAGUUGCAGAUCAGACGUGCACAACGGUCAGGAGUAAUUCUUGACCAUUCCUCUUUACAGAACUGUUUCAGUUCAGCAAUAUUCUUGGGAUGUCUGGUGUGAAUCGCUUUCUUGAGGUCAUGCCACAGCAUCUCAAUCGGGUUGAGGUCAGGACUCUGACUGGGCCACUUCAGAAGGCGUAUUUUCUUCUGUUGUUGAUUUACUUCUAUGCUUUGGGUCAUUGUCCUGUUGCAACACCCACCUUCUGUUGAGCUUCAGCUGGUAGACAGAUGGCCUUAAGUUCUCCUGCAAAAUGUCUUGAUAAACCUGGGAAUUCAUUUUUCCUUCGAUGAUAGCAAUCCGUCCAGGCCCUGAUGCAGCAAAGCAGCCCCAAACCAUGAUGCCCCCACCACCAUACUUCACAGUUGGGAUGAGGUUUUGAUGUUGGUGUGCUGUGCCUUUUUUGCCACACAUAGUGUUGUGUGUUUCUUCCAAACAACUCAACGUUGGUUUCAUCUAUCCACAGAAUAUUUUGCCAGUACUGCUGUGGAACAUCCAGGUGCUCUUGUGCAAACUGUAAACUGCAAACUGUAAACGUGCAGCAAUGUUUUGUUUGGACAGCAGUGGCUUCCUCUGUGGUAUCCUCCCAUGAAAUCCAUUCUUGUUUAGUGUUUUACAUAUUGUAGAUUUUUGUAAGUCUUUAGCUGACAUUUUAGGAUUCUUUUUCACCUCAUUGAGCAGUCUGUGCUGUGCUCUUGCAGUCAUCUUUACAGGACGGCCACUCCUAGGGAGAGUAGCAGCAAUGCUGAACUUUCUCCAUUUAUAGACAAUUUGUCUUACCGUGGACUGAUGAACAGCAAGGCUUUUGGAGAUACUUUUAUAACCCUUUCCAGCUUUAUGCAAGUCAACAAUUCUUAAUCGUAGGUCUUCUGAGAGCUCUUUUGUGUGAGGCAUCAUUCACAUCAGGCAAUGCUUCUUGUGAAAAGCAAACCCAGAACUGGUGUGUGUUUUUUUAUAGGGCAGUGCAGCUGUAACCAACACCUCCAAUCUCAUCUCAUUGAUUGGACUCCAGUUGGCUGACAUCUCACUCCAAUUAGCUCCAUUAGUCUAGCUCUUUUUCCACCUGCACUGUGAAUGUUUACAUGGUGUGUUCAAUAAAAACAUGGCAACAUUUCAUUCUUUGUGUGUUAUUAGUUUAAGCAGAAUGUGAUUGUCUAUUGUUGUGACUUAGAUGAUGAUCAGAUCACAUUUUAUGACCAAUUUGUGCAGAAAUCCAUAUCAUUCCAAAGGGUUCACAUACUUUUUCUUGCCACUGUAUUUGUGGAUAUUGCUAUUCUGAUAUAUUAGAUGUGCUUUGUUCAAAAUCAAAGUGGCCCGUCAUACAGUAGUUCUUUCUGUUCAAUGUAUCAAGAUUUGGUGAUUGCAUGUAUAUUUUUAAUAAUCUGGGAUUAUUGUUAUGAAUCAGUAAUUGGACUCUAUUUUAGUUCUUUCAACCAAUAUGUCAUCUUCUCUGUCAUUGAUAUUCAUUGAUAGUAUUCUACAAACUCACUAAAUAAAGAUUUAAAAAACAACAACAAACAACUGCAGCAACAAUUAGCCACUUAUUAUACAUACCUCUAAAAAACAUAAAACAAAAGGAAUGAGGAUGCAGCCCUGUCUGCCAUACAGGGUGGAAGAACCCUGUUAGACUGGGCCAAGAGUUUGCCCAAUGACAACUUCCACCACCUUUAUAACAACAUCUGCUUAUCCAAUUUUGACUAGGAUCGACCUAGGGACCUUUUAAUUCUAUUUACCUGCAGGUAGCUGCUGGUUGAGCUAAAGUCUAAUAUUAUUGGUGUCCUACUGAGACAUGAUGGGUGGGAUAGGCAGCUGCACACCAUCUGCUUGUGAGGAUACCAAAUGCUGUAUUAGCCAAUGGAGGAUAUCCUGGCCUUGAGUCCUUGAGUGCUAGCUAAUACCCAUGGUCAACACAUACCACCCACACUGCAACAUUCACAGACGCCUAACACAACAACCAUUGCUUAAAUAGUGGCUGAGGUACCAGUAGUGGACUUGUUGGAGGUGCAGAACUGAAAAUUUAAAAAAAAUGCUAAGGUAUAUUAUGUGAAUAAACAGUGACUUAAUUCAGUCUCUGGCAGGGAAUGCUUUGAAGUCAGAAAAAUCUCUGGUGCCAUCCAAGACCUAACAACACUGUGCAAGUCAAAUUCUUCUUCUUCUUCAGAGAACUCCACAGUGUUCACUAUGACAUUCCUAUUAAAUGGAUAUAAUGACAUGCUCAUCCAGUAUCUUAUCACUUAUUAAAGUUAAAGUUGGUUGGCUUGUAGCUGCUCACCAGUUACCCUGCCCAAAAUAUAGGGCAGAAAUGCCAUUUUGCUUUCAUUGGAAUUUUAGCUGUCCAGUCUUGAAUUAGCUACAAAAGUCUAUACUAUGGCUACACAUACAUCUGUAGUGUAAGAGCUUAUUUUCCUUUGUUCUCAAUCACCUCCAAUAAACUUCUAGCAUUCAUAUUUAGUUUGUUAGCUGAAAAGCCCUGCCACACAAAAUUCUAGCAAUAUUAAAAAAAAGAAAUAGCAACUUUUGGUAUAGUUUUUGAACAAGUGCCCUACCCUACCCCUUAUGGUGUUGUAGUUUUAGUGGGUGCCGUAGAAGCUGAGACCACCUGGUAUCCUGUACGUCUGCUCUUGAAUUAGUAGUAUAAUAUAACUGUGCCUAUGUGGCUGUCCGUGAAAGAUUAUUUUGUUUUUUAUACUAUAACUUUUGCAAUAAAAAUAUUUUGUUUUACUGUAUGUUAAAAUCUUGACAAACUUGACCUAUAUUGAUAAUUAUCUUGUUUAAACAUUUUAUAUUAAUUAACACAAAUAAAUUUUUUAUAUUGUCUCUUUUUUAACUUUAUAUCAAUUUUUAGGGAUUCUUUAGAAGAAGUCAACAAAAUAAUGCCUCUUAUUCAUGCCCACGGCAGAGAAACUGUUUAAUUGACAGAACCAACAGAAACCGUUGCCAACAUUGUAGACUGCAGAAGUGUCUUGCUUUAGGAAUGUCGAGAGACGGUAAGUCAACUUUUUAUAAUACAUUGAGAACGUAGUUUGAAAAAUGAUUCUUCAGCACCUUAACCACUCCAGAUUGCUGCACAUGCAUCUUAUCUGGGUUCAUCAUGGACCACUCUCCGUCUCCACUACUAACAUCGAAGAGCUGGAAGAUACUAAGCAGUAAUUUCCAUUAGCCCUCUUGAGCUAAGCCUUGCAUGAAAGAGUGACAGCUAUUUGGUUACAGCCUAUGAGCUAAGCUUAGGAACUUCCAGCUCUCCAGCAUUACUAGAGAAGGCGAGGAGCAGUGUUCAGCAGACCUCAGGUGAAAAAAAACCCAAAACAGUUUGAUUACUUCCAAUAUGGAGCACCAGGGCACUCCUGAUGCUACAAUCACUAUAGUAAGCUACAGCGUUAAUGAUGCUUGGAGUGUUCCUUUAAAGUAAAUCCAACAUUGUAAAAGUUAGGCAAACAGGGUUAUUCACUAAAGUGAGAUUUCUAAGUGAACUUGAAAUUUAAGGUCAAAAUGGCUGAACCAGGUAAAUGUUAUGCUAUGCCUUCCGUUCAGAUGACUUUACAUUUGAAAUUCACGUUGAAGGCUCAUUUUAGUAAAUAACCCUGAAAAUGACAGAACUUUGAAGGUGAAUCUGGAACAUAUGUUUGACUAGCAUGAUAAAAUGUUUAGAUGUGUAUGAUUUAUGAUAAAAUGCAGCUGUAUUGCAUUCUAUACUAUACUAUAUAUCCAUGUGCAGGACCUGACAGUUGGGACAUGUUACAUUCUGUAUUAAGGAAUCUUUGAUGAUCUGAGAUAAUAAAAAUAUGUGUCGCCUAUUCAUUAAAUGGUUUACAGACAACUUUCGAAAGCUCUAACUUAUUCAUCUGUGCCUAUUUUGCAAUUCAUUGACAAUUUUCCUGAGUAGAACUCUGACUCCAUAAAUUAUGCAUAUAUUAGUGAGGGGGCUCUGGUCAGAUGGCACUGCCAUGUUCAGUUUUGUCUGGAUUUGAUGCUUUUUAUAAAUGAGCUGAUAUGACUUGCACAGCUUCCUAAACACCACCUGUAAAGAGUCGUCUAAUGUUUACACUUCCUUUAUUGCAAAUUCUGUUUAAUUUAGAAUUUCUUAUCUCCUGCUAAGUUGAUAGCAUGCCAGACUUUGCAAGAGCCUUAUGUAUGUAGUUAAAGUUCACUACACAGAGCAGGAGAUAAAAACGUUUAAAGUAAGUUACAUCUGAUUGAAAAUGAAACCAUUUUUUCCAUGCAGGCUGUGUGAGUCAGACAGGGGAGGUAUGGCUAUGGCUGAAUUGAUAGAAACAAAAGUGAUUUAACACCUAAAUGGUCAGAGAAUUGAGCAGUAUUACCUCAGAGACAUGAUAUAUACACCAAUACUACUUUAUUAAGCUAAAGUUGUAUUGGUGACUAUAGUGUCCCUUUAAGUUUUAAAGAUUAGUGGCAGUUUUUAAACAGUAGUGACCCUUUAACACCAACCUCUGGCCUGGUGCAAAGAAGUUAACAACAUCUCACUCCACAUAUAUCCAAUGGAAAAAAAAUGCAAUAAAAAUAAAGAAAAGGCCAUACACAUAAGACAUACAAUUGUUCUUUAUAAAAGUAAAGCGCACGUGUCUUUUAAAUAAACAAUUCACCUCCUACGUUACAUAGAUAUUUAUCACAUCAAGCGUUACACUGAUAUGUAGAUAUAUUGCUAAAUCACAGUAUAAUGCAUUGUAUACACUAUUGCUAUCUCCUGCUAAGGACAAUCACAGAGUGAAAUAUGUGUUUUUACAGGCAAGAUGUAACUGCUGUGGUAACAGCUUACGCACCAUGUGUUGCUGUGUUUUACCAGCAAGUGCUUAAUCUGUGAGUGGUCAUUAUCUUUGUGAGCAAACAUUAUUGGCGGUCAGCCAUUAAAACAGUGACAAGGUUGCAAAACAGUCAGUAAUUAGUAACUGUUACUUACUACUGGCUGUUGUUGACUGCUUAUGGCAGAUAUUUAGCGGCAAGUUUGGAAACAAGCACUAAAUUGGGCAUAUGAUCCUGAAAAUAUAUGUAUUGUAAGUAAACAAAUUCUAUUUACUGUGCAAAAUGAAUUUCCAGAAAGGUACCUGCUGAAUUAAUAAGAGGAGAAUAGUUGUCAGUAUUUAUGGCUUGUAGACAUUUCCAGUAAGAAAAAAAUAAUUUUCACAGUAGAUAUUAGACAAAGGGUAUUGGGAAUAUGAACAUAAAUAUAUGAAAGUGUUUUUCAUUUCGAUAGACUUUUAACUAAAACCAAAUGCUCUAGGUAGACCCUAAGGAAGAGACACUCUAUAAAGUUCUGUGUCUAUUGUGAUGUCUGGUCUAUUGAUUGCAUCAGAUAACAGUUAGAAUUUGGCAGCCUCACAAUGGAUGAGUUUAACAGACUCUUUAAAGCACUGAACUGUCUUCUCCUCUUUGUUGUGUUGAAACAUCCCUUGUUCGGGCCAAAGAAUUAACAGAACAAUUAGUCUCUUCAACACAGACAAAACUGUCUCUGGGCUUUUCAUGGCUGAAGCCUUCAUAGCAAUUUGUACAAACAGAAAAACAGUGGGGUACACAAUAUAAGUUAAAUGGGUGUUUUAUAGACUGCAUAAAAUAACAGACUUGUGUAAUAUUAAUGGCACGGAGCUUUGCUUAUCAACCACAUGCAUAUGCAGGAGUUAAUUUCCCAACAAAAUCUUGAGAUUGUUAUUUAUGUUCUGCCAAUUUAGUUCAUUUCCCUUUGAUUCUCUUGCGUUUCUCAUAAUCCAUCUAAAAUAAUAAGCGAGAUGCAUAUUUCAUCUAAAACGUGAUUUAUUUUGUCGUGGAUAAUUAUAAUCCUAAUGAAUGCCUAAGAAAUCAGAAGAAGCAUAAAGCUGCUGGCCGUUUAGAAGAGAUCCCACAGAGUCUGUGUAGCAAGUUCAUUAUACGUAACCUGCAGUGUAUCGAAUAAACAUGGUGCCAUCUAUGUGAUGUGACACAUUAUAGCAAUAUAUGUAUUAUUUCCAAUAGAACCCAAUCUCUAUAUUUUUAUUAGUGCAAAUAACCUCUCCCAAGUUUGAAUGAACAAUGUUAAAGAAGAGUCAGUCCAGUUUUACUAAGUUCCAUUAAGCUAUUUAAUGUGACAGUAAUCCUAAUUAGAAGCAAGCCAGAGCUGCACAAACAUCAUUGAAAAUUACAUAGAAAUGAAAUAUGAAUCAGAUCAGAGGUAUAAAUGCAGAUUCCUCAGUUGUAACAAUGACAAAGAGUUUAGCUUUUUCUACUUUAUCCAAGCGGUUUUCUUUAAGUUCCUUUCUAAGAUUUAACUAUCAUGCAUUCUUUAGGAUAGCAAUAUUUUAAAAUCAGGCCCCAAGGAUGCCAAAAAUUAUGCUGAUUGGAAGGAGGUGAUAUGAUUGUAUUGGUAUUUUCUUUAGAAAGUUUGGUUAAUGGCACAUUUAAAGUUUCACUACAAAGAGCUCUGCAUUUUUACAGCAACACUUAAAUAAAUGUCCGAUGUUAAUGGCAUGAUUAAAAGGAGUAGCCAUAGUUAGUGGAAUUAGUGGAGGGGUGAGUUCAGACAGUACAUAGAUUGGAUUUUAAAGAACCUACUACCCCCUUUGCUAACAUUUGUAUUUGUGACCGUGUUGGUUUGGGGGUAAACAUGCAUUCUGCAGUGAUCUAUUUGUGUCACAAGGUUUGUAGAUACCCUUUUCCGAUGCUGUAAACCACCAUUGAGAGCAUUCCAAUGUCUCUCACUCAAUCCACAUGCAAUCUUGAAGGAAAUAGGUCACUCUAAAUCUAUUUUUGUAAUAUGCAAAGAGGAUCAUGCUACCUGAAUUCAGGACUUUUGUUUUGUUUUUUUAACCAUUUCAAAAAAUUGCAAAGUUAUGUUUCAUAAUCUACAAGUAAAGUGUUACCAAAAGACCUACUGCUGUGAGCAAUUUUGUUACAUAAUCAUAUGAGGGAAUUCAAAAUUAGAGAAUAGGUCAAUGCUUAUAACUAUGUUCUUGAACUGUUUGUGUCAUAGUAUUGGAUGUUAGAGUGAUUUUAUUUAUUUAGAGUGAUUUGUAAAACUCUUGUGCUGUUUGUUUCUUUACCAGCCGUGAAAUUUGGCAGAAUGUCAAAAAAACAGAGAGACAGUCUAUAUGCGGAGGUCCAAAAACACCAGCAAAGACUUCAAGAACAAAGACAACAGCAAAGCGGAGAGGCAGAGGCCUUAGCCAGGGUAUAUAGCAGUAACAUCAGCAAUGGUUUAAGUAAUCUCAACAACGAGACAGGAGGCACUUAUUCAAAUGGACAUGUCAUUGACCUGCCUAAAUCUGAGGGUUAUUACAGUGUGGAUUCUGCACAGCCCUCCCCGGAUCAGUCUGGUAUAGACAUAACUGGAAUGAAACAAAUAAAACAAGAACCUAUUUAUGACCUUACGUCAAUACCAAACAUAUUUAUGUAUAGUUCUUUCAACAAUGGACAGCUCGCUCCAGGAAUAAGCAUAACUGAUAUAGGUAAGUAACAUUAUCACGCUAAGCAUAAUAUAAUCAUGGAUUUAUGAGAGUACGGUGCUCAUCAAAGCGCUUAACAUUUCCAGUCAUUAUAUUGCACUGUAUUGUGUUUAUUUUUUUGUAAAUUUCACAUUUGAUUUUGUAGUUAAGGGCAUUCCACCCUCUUUCCAAGUUCAAUUUAGUUUAAGAGAAUGUGUUGUCAUUUAUUUAGAGGUUGAGCUCAGAGAAACCUCACUCAAUCAAACCAAAGGACAAUAAUUUAAUAUAUGCAAAGGUGUGUUAAUCAGUGUUACAACACAAUUGCUCUGUUAUAUACCAGCAUUCACUUUUUAAAAUGUUUUAUCCAUUGCAUUCUUCAAGUGUAGACAUGCAGACAUAAUGUCUGCCAAGUUGGCAGAAUUAGCUCCUGAUCCUUUACCUGGUUCUAGGCAACUCGAUGUGAUUCAACAGGUGUAAAUAGAACCUUAUUCAAUACCUCUUCUGCUGCAAAUUAGUGUGCAUUCUGCUCCCUGCUCUUUUAUUUUAAUCAAUAAACAUGAGCUGGCUGAUAACUCGUUCAAUGUCUACACACUGUGAAGAACUGAACAGGCUGUCUCUUUAGCACAGAAAGACAGAAACAACAAGUGUUUGGGACAAAAGUAAACUAAUAUACAGUUUCAUGGAUUUUAUUUCAAUAGUUUUUUUGUAUGUAUAAUUUGCAGUGAAGUAACAGAUGAUUAUAUCAAAUAAAACACAGACUACAAAAGGGCACUUAGAGGGAGAUAUAGGUAAAAUUAUAAAACUGCUGGAAAAUCCUAAUAUGCAUAUCUCAGAGGGAUGAAAACAUGGGGAAGUCUAUCGGGGAAGCAAAGUAGUGUCGUGAUUUACUUCCUACAUCCUUAUAAAGGACAGACAUGUGGACAUGAUGUGUGGCCCACACGGAUAUUGUAUAUAACACUGUAAACACUGAAAUUGGUUGUUGUCAUGAUUUUAUUUAAACAGAGUGAUUAAUAAAACACUACUGCUGUCUGUAUGUUUAUAAGCUGUGAAAGUAAAAAACAAAACAAAAAAAACAGAGACAGUCUAUAUGUGGAGGUCCAAAAGAAGCAUGGAACCUGCUAUGCUUUUAGAGAGCUCAGCACCCCUGGUUUACUGCUAGAUUACCUGAAAAAAAAUGUAAUGAGAGGUAUUAGGCUUCUGCAAUUAGAAUUUUGGCAGAUUCACUGCAAGUGGUAGAAUUGGCACAAUACAAAAUCUAAAUAAAAAUUUAUAGUUCUAUAACAUGUAAAUUGAUUUGUUUCAGAUUCAUUAGUUUUUAUAAGGAUAGCAACUUAGAGAGUUAGUUCUUAAAUAGCUGAAAUUAAAAAAAACAAAUGAAAAAUUUCGAUCUUUCAGCUGUUUAGUAAAUAGCUUUCUAAUUUGAUAUUCUUAAAUAUGGCAAUCCCACAAAAGGAAAGCAAUAAUAAGCCGAUAAAAUAAAUAAAACAAUAAAUUAGCCAACAAAAACUAAAAAUUAUUAAGACGUAUGAUCUUAUAUAAUAUUUUACAGCAUAAGUAGAGUUAAAGCCAGUUGGGCUUGUUUUUGUCAUCUGUAAAUAAAAUCCACUUAACCCUGUCCGCUACUGUCUUCUGAAUGCAAGUCUUCUGGGAGGCUAUUAUAAUAACAUGUACUUUUAGCUAUUAAUCAUUCCAAGAUAAUCAGGGUUUCUUCAAUUUAAAAAAUAAAAAAUAAAUUUUACUAAACAUUGUAGUAGCAAACACAAUAAGAAAGUAUAACACAAUAAAUAGAUAAAGAAGGCAAAAUAUGGUAUUCAAUAUAUGGCAAUAAUGACUAGAAACAUAGUCCAGUCUGGUUAACACUGAACAGAACAAUCAUGUUUCAGGAUAAAGAAUAUGUAAAAUACUUUUUCCUUGAAAUAGUUGUUGUUAUUGCUAUAAAACAUUUAUAUUACUGUGGUUAUUCACACAAAUCCAAAUCUAAUCUAGCCUACAAAAGAAAACUAUUCUGGAACAAUCUGGAGGCAUUCAGAGGCAAUAAUAUGGAUGUCAUUUAUCAAUGUCCAAAUAUAGCUAAAAAGCUCUGCAUUCUGCAUUGAUGUUAAUGUACACCAGAUUGUAGACUCUCAAGUAAAAACCUGACAUUUGCAAUCAUAAAAUGUAAGUAAACAAGUGAAAUCAGGUUAAUCUAAAUUUACUGGUGGUCAGUAGAAGCAAAAGGUUGAAAAAAUGGGCCAGUGUACUGCAUAUUAAAAAUAUGAUGUGUAUAUUUUCUAGCAAAGUGAUAGGCACAUAUUCACACCAUUUGGUUCUCAGGUCAAGUGAGAAAAAUUAACCAAUAGAGGGGAAACACAGGAGUAGUAAAAAAAAAAUGAUAAUAACUACCAUACUGCCAAAAGAAAAUCCUUGCACUCCUGCUUAGAAAUAUUGCUUGUUUUGUUUAGCAUGUGCCUGUCUGUGGCUUGCAAUAUACAAUAUAUGUAAAGGUAGUUGCAGUAACUGUCUUCUUCCUCAGGACCAUUAAAAAAACAAUAAAACAAAGAAACUAUUUAUAGGUAAGAAACUAAUUGAAUCUAAAUAACCCCAGGUGCAGGAGUGUUCGUGUCGGCACACUCCCAUGCUGCGUGUACGUGUGUGAGCGUGCUCCGCCUCCAAUGUGUUGACAUCACAUGCACAUGUUACUGUAAAAACCAAGUGUGUUAUGAAAGCAAGUGAAAACAAAAAGUAUUCUAGAGUAUUUGAAAUAAUCCAAUUAACACUUAACCUAACAUCAAUGUGCACUUGUAUUCACUAUUAAUUAUUUAACGACCGAUCUGAACGUAAGAUAAAGGCAUAUUAUAAUAACAAAAAGGGGAACUAUUAACUGCAUGUUGAGAGUCCUUGCUAAGAGACAAACAUUGUUAAAGGACAGUAUACUAAAAUAUUAAAGUGCAUGUAAAGUGCUGAGUAAGGAAUAAAUGUAUAAAAAUAAUACAAGUAUUAGACUCACAUUUAUAUUUUUUGGCAAGGUAAACAUGUGACAUAAUGGGCAGUGCUUAAAGUUAAUUAGCGUUAAGUGCUAUUAAUUAUCACACCAUACAGAAAUAUAGAACAUGAUAUGUUGAAAUAAGGUGCAAAAUUUAAGUUGCUAAUAACUAGUGCUACAUGGUUAAAGUACUGAAGUAAUAAUGUAGCUAAUGACCAAAUUUAGUGUGUCAAAAGAAAAUUGUAAAAUUAUCUAUUGCAUGUAAAAAUGCCCAAUUGUCCUGUAGGGAAACUAUUUAAAACAACUUUGUUCUAAUAGAAGCUUAUCUAAAAAUACAUAAUGAAAAAAAUACAUGUUACAAAAGAUGGGCCAUAAUGUCCAAUCAAUAUUUUUUCAAUCAAUUAAAUAUAACGCUAUGUAUUGCAAAAAAUGUUUUAUAGUAUUGACAUAGUACUAUUCUAUCUAUUAAAUAAACAAACUAAAAAUGUACAAAUGAAUGCUUCUAAAGACUAGACCACAUACUGAGUGGGGCUAUAUUACAAAAAAAUAACUAUAUGUUUGUUUCUUGUUCAAUCCUUUUGGGGCCAAUGUGUUAAGUUCAAUGUUCAGAAUGCUUCUUUAUUUAUUAACAUUAUUCCGUGGUCUCCACUGCACCUUGGUUCUGGAAUAUGGUCAAUGUCAAUACAUUUCAUUGCUGGGGUGUUUAUUUUUCAGAAAGUGCUUGGCUACAGGAUUACAUGUAGAACCAUCCCCGUACCCCAUCCAAAUACUGGAGCGAUGUCCUCUUAUACUCUCACAUAAGGGUGUUUCACUCUUCCCUAUGUAUGACAAUCCACAGGGGCACAUUAGCUUGUAAAUAACAGGGGUAGUUUUACACAUUAUGAUUCCUUAUUUGAUUCAUUUUAUCUAUAUGAGGAUGAUUAAAAGAUUAAAAGUAUGUUCUGGUGUCACAUGCUCACAGGUGAUACAGCCUCGGCAUCUGACACAACCAUUGUUUUGUUGCAGUUUUUACUCAGGCGUAUAGCCACGUCUAUGCAGACCAAGAGAUCUCACACAUUUGUAUUUCUUCUGUAACAAAUUAAUGGAUGUUUUGUUUUUUUUUAAACUUUUGGUAAUGUGUUAUCAUUGGCCAUUUAUUUUCAAUUUGUAGUUUUGAAGUUAUGAUGUCAACUUUGGAGUGGCCAAGAUGUAAGUUAUAGGGAAGACCAUUAUGUGUGCAGUGUUUUCCAUCAUUUGGGUAUUGGCACUUUUGGCUGCUUUUUAAGGAUUUCUGUAAAUCAUGAUAUACACCCUGUUCCAAAUUAUAAUGCAAAUGAUAUUUUUCUAAUUUACCUAAAUAACUGAUGUAAAUAACAGUCAGCAUAAUUCUCAUGUUAUCAACUAUUAAGAGUACAAUUCAAAUUUUAUUGAACAAACCUCCUAAUGAUAACAGUAUUUUUUUAAACAUAAAAAACUUACAAUGCACUGUUCCAAAUUAUUAUGCACAGCAAGUUUCAAAACACUUUAUAGGUUGUAAAGAACUGAAAAUUGUCAUUUGUUGUGUUUGCAGCAUAUUUACUGAAACCAAAAGCUAUUUCAAUCAAACUUAUAACAACAUUUUAACUUUUUAAACAUUGUAACAGGUCACGUUACAUUUUAACAUAGGACCCCUUAUUUGAUAGCAGUUUCACAAGUCUGGCAUCCAUUGAACUUGUGAGUUUUUAGACAGUUUCUGCUUGAAUUUGUUUGCAAGAUGUCAGAAUAGCCUCCCAGAGCUGCUGCUUGAAUGUAAACUGCCUCCCACCCUCAUAGAUCUUUUGCUUGAGGAUGCUCCAAAGGUUCUCAAUAGGAUUGAGGUCAGGGGAGGAUGGAGGCCACACCAUGACUUUCUCUCCUUUUAUCCCCAUAGCAGCCAUUGAUGCAGAGGUAUUCUUUGCAGCAUGAAAUGGUGCAUUGUCAUGCAUGAAGAUGAUUUUAUUAUGGAAAGCAUAGUUCUUCCUUCUGUACCAGGGAAGAAAGUGGUCAGUCAGAAACUCCACAUACUUUGCAUAGGUCAUUUUUACACCUUCGGGGACCCUAAAGGGGCCGACCAACUCUCUUCCCAUGACUCCGGCCCAAAACAUGACUCCACUACCGCCUUGCUGACGUUGCAGACUUGUUGGAACAGGGUGGCCGUCCACCAACCAUCCACUACUCCAUCCAUCUGGACCAUCCAGGGUUGCACGGCACUCAUCAGUGAACAGGACUGUUUGAAAAUUAGUCUUCAUGUAUUUUUCUUCAUGCCGUUUCUGCUUGUGAGCAUUGGUUAGUGGUGGCUGAAUAGAAGGUUUAUGCACAGUUGCAAGACUCUGGAGGACUCUACGCCUUAAUGUCCGUGGGACUCCAGAGGAACCAGCAGCUUCAAAUAUCUGUUUGCUGCUAUGUAAUGGUAUUUUAGCAGCUGCUCUCUUGAUCCGAUGCUUGGAUCUGGCAGAAAUCUUCCUUAAUGUGCCUUCAUCUGCACAAACCCGUCUGUUCUCUGAAUCUGCCACAAAUCUCUUAAUAGUGUGAUGAUCACACUUAAGUUUUCAUGAAAUAUCUAAUGCUUUUAUACCUCGUCCAAGGCAUUGAACUAUUUCACUCUUUUCAGGAGUGAGAAACUGUUGAAAAAAAAUUAGUGCCACACAACACAUCUUGUGAUUUAUGAACAUGUAGCAGAUAAUGCUUUGUGAACUGGAUGACCAAGUAUCUGUCAUACAAAUAACCUCUGUGGAAACAUGUCCCCAGGCCACGCAAGAAGUCACCAUGCCCUGGUAAAGUGAGGUUGAAUAAAGAGAGGCACAUCUAAACCCUGCAAAGAAAUUUAGAGAAAGCCAAAGAUAGCCACCUUUGAAUCAUAGAAACUGAUGCAGCUGUCCCUUGGUUUGAUCCUUCUGGCAGGAUAAAGAGUCAUGGAUGUCCAUAAUUGUUCAUUUUUAUCAAUAUUAUUAUUAUUAUGAUAUUUAUAGCGUGCCGUCAAAUUCCGCAGCGCUUUACAAUGGGUGGACGAACAGACAUGUAGUUGUAACCAGACAAGUUGGACACACAGGAACAGAGGGGUUGAGAGCCCUGCUCAAUGACCUUACAUGCUAGAGGGAGUGGGGUAAAAUGACACAAAAAGGUAAGGAUAGUAUUAGACUAGUGACAGUUGCAGAAGAGGAAUCAGUCAGGAGCUAUUAACAUACAGAAGCUCUGUGUACAUCUAGAGUAUGGAGCUCCUGUUUUUCUUGUGAGGUUGAUAACACAAUUUCCUGUUGCAGGGGAAAAUAAGUUACUACUUUCAACAAGAAGUGUUGAACAGAUCUCAAGGUUACUUUAUCUGAGAAAACACUGUGUGGGGAGUGCUGCAGGAGAGAGCCUGUAGCUCUGAAUACCUUAUUGCUAAAGUUAUGGCCACCAGAAAGAGUGUCUUUAGAGUUAGCAUCAUCAGUGAUGACUAAUCUAGAAGUUUAAAGGGAGCAGCAAUGAAUCCCUUAAACACCAAAGGUUAGUCUCAUGGAGCUAUAUUACUCUUGGAUGAAUCUUCAGAGUUGCCUGUAGAAACCUUUUCACAAUAGGAUCAAAAAUGAAAUUACCUUGUUUAGGCUAUCCUGAAGAAAUUCCAAUUUAUUAGAUCUAGAAGGAUGUUGGAAGGAUCUGGCUUAUCUGAAGUCCAUGAACAAAAAAAUUCCCAUAUCCUAUGAUAUGUCUUGAUAGUGUAUUUCUUAUGUAAAAGAAUAAAGGUCUCAAAGACCAAUUUUGGUAUACCCUGGGUCAGAAGCACGAGGCAUUCUAGAGCUAAGCUGCCAAUUUAGGGAUUUGGGGGCUCUGAUGUGGGAUUGGCCUUAAAGUAACAGGUCAUUCCUUGCCAGAAGUCUCCAGGGGCCCACUGGAGCUAACCCCUGCGGUAGGGGUACCAUGGCCUUCUUUAUCAGUCUAGAUUAGAGAUAUCACAAUCACUGUUAUCUUUUGUAAUUUUGCCCAGUUGAAACCUCCAGUUUUAAUUCAGAGCGUCCUGGCCUUGGUCAUUGUAGUCCUAGUUGACGAUAUAGAACUUUCUGACUUUGUGGCCAUAAGAUUGAAAUAUGGCAUUCCCCACAUCUGGGGGAUCUAAAUUAAAACUUCCCUGUUGAGCGACCAUUCUCUAGAGAAAUGACAUGAUUGCUCAUAAAAUCUGCUACGAGAUUCUCUUACCCCAAAAGGUAAACUGCCUUGAGCACCUGGACAUAUUUUUCCACCCAAAACAUAAUUAGGAUAAUUUAUGAAAGGAGGGACCUGCUUCAAGUACCUCCUUUAUGGUUGAUGUAAGCUGCUGGAGACAUGUCUGUCUUUAUCAGAACCCAAUUGUCCUUCAGACGAGUUUGAAAGGACCUCAGGGCUUUGUAGAUUGUGCAAAGAUCAAGGUGAUUGGAAGGAAGAAAACUGAGCUGUUUGUUCCACAUGCCCAAGAGCAUCUGUAAUGAUCAGGACUCAAUUCUUCCAUGGGGUACCUCUUUCUGUAUAUGCUCCUCUUGAAUGGUUUUAUUCAUUUUACUACAUGCAGAAAGGGAUUCCAUCUUUGUUUGCUAGGAGUUCCAAUAUUGCUUUCUUCAUAGGCUUUGUCUUUAGAGAUGAUACAGGAAUUGAUGAGAAACUUAAUCUGUAGCAAUCUUAAAAUAUUCUCAGUGCCCAUGACUCUGAAAUAGUCCUAGUCCUGGUCCUGGUCAGAAAAAAAAUCUUAAUCUUCUUUAAACCUCCUUGAUAUGGACCUUGGAAAAAAAAUCUCGAUAUCAUCUAUCAACCUCUAGUCUAAAUGUUCAUGAGAGAGAGAGAGGUUAGCACUAUUGCAGGAAGUACACCUCCUCCCAGAGUUAAGUAAGCUUUGACUAAAUCUCCAUCUAUUCUCUUUUCCAUGGGUUACUUGAAGAAUUAUGCACUAUCAAUUGGUUGGGCUGCUCUUAUUUUCUAGUCCACUGAUAGUUGUAUCUAUGCUGGGAGCAGAACUCCAGAACUUGCACUCUUUGGAUUUAAAGGGUAUACACAAGGAGCCCUGUUUUGUAGCUGGCUUCUUUUUUCCAGUCUCACCCAUUCAGAUGAGAUUAUCUCUUUAUAGCAGAAUGUUGGGGCAUCCAAGGGAUGCUUUCUGCUUCCUAAAAUCUAAAAAAAAAUUCAGCCAGGCUUCCGCUGACUAUUUCUCUUUUAAAAUUACAUAAAUUGUAUGCGUUUCCCAUGUCAAGAGAACUAGCUUUUCGAUAUCUUUGCUUUCCAUAUAUUUAGAUGAGAUUUCUGACUCUAAUUAAAGUUCAGAGUCCUCAGAUUAUAAUUCUCCAAAUCUGGGCUGUAAGGGGGCUGAGUCACCUAGGUCAUUUUAUUUGCACUGCACUCAUUGUAUAAUCCCCGAAAACCUUGUGAAUUAUCUGAAUAGUUUCCACAGAGAAAUGUUCAAGGUUAAUGCAAAAUAUGAUUCUAAUUUGUUGCUCCACUUGCUCAGUCAUUUUGAAAGCAACAACCACACAGUACACAUGCACACACAGUGGCGUCUAGCACCCACAAUGACUAGUACAUUGACGUCAUCAUUGUUGACGCAUGUGCAUUCCACAUCACUCUCCUUGGCUGCCAGUUACAUCAAUGUCGCACAAGCCAUUCUAGUUAUAUUAACAUUGGCUGGAUGCCUUCCAGACAGACCUCGUAUACCACUAAAGUAUGAAACAAGAAGCCCUUGUUUCCAACAUUUUUGGGAAAAAUAUUUCAUCAAGUGUAGCUCUUUGUCCCAGAAUAGCACCUGAUUUUGCCUCGAUGAAUCCCCAAUAUGGUGCAUAUGGUCACAACAUGACUAUCAGAACAAAUACUGUAAUCCGCUUCUCAGUGGUCUUAUGUGCUCCCAACUUACACCAUUUCAGUCAAUAAUGAAUGCGGCGGUGAGGUUCAUCUUCCUGUCCGCCCGCACCACCCAUGCCUCACCCUUCUGUCUGUCCAUACAUUGGCUUCAUGUAAGAUAUAAGGCUCAAUUUAAAAUUCUGGUUCUUGCUUUCAAAUCUCUACAUAAUGCUACUCCCACCUAUCUAUCCUCACUAAUACACAAGUAUGUCCCGUCUAGGCCCUUACGCUCUGCUGAAGACUUAAGUCUGUCCGUACUCCAAACUCUGGAUGCUCGCCUUCAAGACUUCUCCAGGGCUGCACCACUCCUGUGGAACUCGCUUCCCUCCUCCGUUAGAUGCUCACCCAGUCUCCACUUUUUCAAAAAUUAAUUAAAAACCCACUUCUUCAUAAAAGCGUAUCAAUUAAACUGUUAAUAGCUCCCGACUGAUUCCUCUCUUGCAGCUGUCAUUAGUCUAAUACUAUCCUUACCUUUGGUGUCACAUUACCCCACUCCCUCUAGCAUGUAAGCUCAUUGAGCAGGGCCCUCAACCCCUCUGUUCCUGUGUGUCCAACUUGUCUGGUUACAACUACAUGUCUGUUCGUCCACCCAUUGUAAAGAACUGCGGAAUUUAUUGGCGCUAUAUAAAUAAUAACAUAAUAAUAAUAAUAAAAAAUGCUUUUUAACAAUGGAUGCAAUAUCCUAUAGUAUGACAUUUUUGUAUUGCAGUGGGAAAACAUUGUAAUGUUGUACAUCAAUGGAUAUACAUAUUUUCUCUGCAAAUUUCAAUCCUAUUGACUCUAUGUCUUAUCAGAUGUGUUCUCCCAGUAAAUCACUAUUAAGUAGUGUUUAUUUCAUUACUUCUUGUUUAUUUUUAUGUAUAAUUACUACGGCUGGCAGUCUGCCCAUUUAUACUGGUAACCUCCUCUCUUCAUAGGCCUCCUACUAAUUGCUAUUUAUGUAUAAAUCAUGUUUAUUAGUCUUUUAAAUUAGCUAUCAUUUGCAUCAUUUGAUAGUGAAUCACUGUUAGAUGUUUUCAUUUUUAUUAUUCUAUAAAUGAAUAGGGACUCUGGAUUAAAAUACUAAUGCUAUGUAGAUUUAACCCCCAUUUAAAUAAUAGCAAGAUUGUGAUUUAAUUUACUCACUGUGCAUCAAAAUGUUGACUUUUUUAAAAUAACAGUAGUAAUUAGAUUCUUAAUAGCAAUUAGACGGCAUUUAGUUUCAAAUUUACCGUCAUUCAUCUGAAUUUUUAGCAACUGGCAGGGAUUCUGAAAUCUUUAACUCCGAAACACCAUAUGGCUAUAUCUGUCACGUGAUCUCUCUAAGAAUGAAUCACGUUCACAUACCUAUUUCCUAGCCACAUGUGUUGAUAUAUUCAGGCUAUUCUCCAAACCACACUCUAACAACAUCACAGUCACAAAUGAGAGAGACUUGUAUGUAGGGACAUAGGGGCUGAUGGUGCUUUAUCUCAAGGCUCACGUCUCUGUAAUUGGCCCAUGGAUCCUGACACUUCUUAUAUUUAUUUAUUGUAUCAUUACUUUUUGCACAUCAUAUACUUUCUCUAUAAUGUUAAUGCAAAGGAAAUAGAGUUUAUAGCCUUGUGAAAAAUAAAGAGAACCAAAUUCAAAGUAGAUUGACUGCCCAUCACAGAGUUAUAAUUAAAGCUAAUGCUGUGCCCUGUGUGUAUCUCUCUAACAGCUCAGCACCAUCCCGACAAAGGAUGGCUUUAUGUCAUUCCCCUUUUCUGCUACACUCCCUACAUACACCUCUUUCUUUAUCCCAGGCUGGAUAUCAGGAACCAGCUCCAUGCCUGCUAGAAGGAAGGGAGGGAGGGAGGGAGGGAGGAAAGGAGGGAGAGGAGAAGAAAUGAUGUUAUAGUUUGCAAUUGGUGAGAGAGUUAGUUUGAUAUCACAUGACAAUAAGGGAGUGAAGGUAAGCUGCACUUAAUUUAAUUUCAUGUGCAAUAUUUUUUUCUUGCAAAUGUUCUGUUUAUACAUUAUUCUGCUCUGUGUUAAUUAAAUGUUUAUUCAGGUUUCUGGUAGUGAAGGGGUUAAGGGCUUAGCAGCCUAAAAUGAGUUUGAAUGAGGUCAUCGUAUGCUCACUCUGCAUUCUCACUCUACAGUUUGCAUUUUGCUUACAAACAAUUGUCAUGUAUUUUGUUGUUGGAGAAAUUAAAGGGACACUAAAUGGACCAAGACCACUUUAUCUGUAUUCCUAAUGCUUUAGAGUUCUUUUAAGGCUAUAUUUCAGGAUGACAAUAAUAGCAAUUGAUUUGUGCCCUACUGUAUGAAUUUACAAAUAAUAACUAACAACAUAUAUAUGCCUGCUAUUACUAGGGCCAAAGAUAAUGUGCAUCUGUGCCCCUGCCAGGCCCGGACUGGCCAUCGGGCAUACCGGGCAAAUGCCCGGUGGGCCGCGAUGGCCGUGGGGCCGAGGCCGGCAGGGGAGAUCACAGGAUCUCCCCGGCCGGCUCCUGCAGGGCCAGCGCUACCCGAGCGCCGGCCCUGCUGUGUGUCUCCAUGGGCCGGUGGGGAGAUCAGAGAUCUCCCUUUACCGGCCCAGAGACACUUCCAGGCGGCUGCUUGCUGGGGUGUGAGGGAGGGAUGAGAGGACCGGCGGAGCUCUAUCCAGCAGCUCCGCCGGGUCCUCUAGCGGGAUUCUGAGCGUUGCCGCGGUUACCGCGGCAACGCUCAGAUCUCGCGAGAGUGAACUCUAGCCUAUAGGCUAGAGCUCAUGCUCACCACUAGGACCACCAGGGAUCAGGCAGCAUGGCUCUCCCAUGGCAGAACGGCUCCCCCCCGUCCCAGGCAAAACAGUUCCCCACCCCCUCCCAGGCUAAAGGUAAGAAGGGAGGGGGGGAUAUAACUUUUUUUUAAAAUUAUUAUUAUUAAUAAAAAAAAAUUUUUUAUUUAAAUUAAACAAAAUCACACUCACACACAUCACCCCCAGACACACACAGCACCCCCAGACACACACACACCCCCAGACACACACAUCACCCCAGACACACACAGCACCCCCAGACACACACACAGCACCCAGACACACACACAGCACCCCCAGACACACAUCACCCCCAGACACACACAGCACCCCAGACACACACACAGCACCCCAGACAUACACACAGCACCCAGACACACAGCACCCAGACACACACAUCACCCCCAGACACACACAGCACCCAGACACACACAGGCACCCCCAGACACACACAGCACCCCCAGACACACACAGCACCCCCAGACACACAGCACCCCAGAGAUACACAUCACCCCCAGACACACACAGCACCCCCAGACACACACAGCACCCAGACACACACAGCACCCCCAGAGACACACAGCACCCCAGAGACACACAGCACCCCCAGACACACACAGCACCCCCAGACACACACAGCGCACCCAGACACACACAGCGCACUCAGGCACACAGCACCCUCACUCACACACAGCACCCUCGCUCACACACACACACACACAUAUAUAUAUAUAUAUAUAUAUAUUUACAGAUAUAUAUAUAUAUAAUAUAUAAAAUAACCCUCAGUGAGUUAACAGACAAAGAAAAUUAGAAUGUGACGGCAGAUAAAAACACCCUCACACACAGCACCCCUCUUACAUACACACACACUGCGCCCCUCACACAUACAAUACGUCCAAAUAUAUAUAUAUGUAUGUAUAAAUAUAUAUAUACACACACACACACACACACACACUACAGCACUACAUACAUUACGCUCCAGAUACACGCUAGAUCCCUUACCUUAUAUGCACUCUUAAUCCUCUAUACACACACACACACACACAAUCUCCUAUACACACUCUGGGUCCUUUACACACUAGAUCUCCUACACACACACUGCACCACCUACACACACACUACAUUCCUUGUCAGCAAACACAUACAACAAUCUCUAAACACACCCUCUCUACAACCCCUACACACACUACGUCACCUAUACACACACACUACAGCCCGUAUGCACACACUCGCUACAUCCCCUAUAACACUAUGCCACCUAUACACACACUCUCUACAGCCCCUAGCCACACAUAUUACACCACAAACACAAAUGAAAUUGACCUAUUUACACAAUACCACACCACACUCUACACACACGCAAUCCCACAAGCAGGCUCCAAACACAUGCACCAUACACUUUCCUGGCCCUUUUGUCCUCUGGUAUCCCACUUGUUGAGACACCAGAGACAAUUUAAAAGCAAACACAGCGCAAGCAUGUUAUUAAAUUUGCUUGCGCUGCGCAGAACAAAUACAGGGCCUUUUUCUAAUGCCAGAGCUCUUCAGCGCAGCUCUGCGCAUUGAACCAACAUGCUCACUUUGAGAGGAGGCGUGCUUGUCAUUAGUGAUGACAAAACACACCCUCUCUGGCCCCGCCCCCUUCUUAGGGGGCCGCUCUGAUUGAAAAAUGCCCGGGCCUAAUUUUUUCCCCAGUCCGGCCCUGGCCCCUGCAUACCAAAUUAUGGGAUGUUUAUUCAUUGAGGGAUUCAGUUUAAGCUAACAUAUUUAUUUUCAAGUUAUAUACUCAACAUGCACAUAUGCGAUGGCAGCUCUGCGUCUGGAACUUUUAGUGUCUUUUUAAAAUUAUAUCCUGAGGCCGCCUGACCUCAUAUCCUGUUAUUUGACACCCAUAGAUACUCAUUAGAUAAUCAGGUCAAUGCAAAAAUCCUCAUAAAAGAAGCUCCUGGAUGCCAAAGUGAAUGCAAUGUUUAUACUUACUAAAAUAUUAAUUGGAUAAAAUGUUAAAUAUAUCUUUUGGGAACAUAAAGGAAGAGCAAACCUAUUUCGCAAAACAAAGUAUAAAUCAUACAAGCAGGAUCAAACUGGCUGACUGGGAGAUUUUCUGGUAGGCUGCCUUAGGCUCAGCUUGGGACGGUCUGGAUGCCAUGCAGUGCUACUAUCAGAAAUAUUGGGGCCCUUUAUACAGCUCAAGGCCUGGGCCACCAGGGAACCCAUCCAAAGGGAGUGGAGUGUAUGUGUGUGUUUAAAUGAUGUAGUGUGUGUGUGUAUGGUAUGUAUUUUUUUUGUGUGUGAGUGUGUGUAGUGUGAGAGAGAGAGUUUGGAGGGUAGAAUAGGUGCUGAACUUUGUGGGGGCUGAUAGAUGCUCCCUUAUAGAGCAUUCAGAGCUCUGAAAGAUAAGACCAACGAGAAUAAGAGGGCUGCCCCUCACGUCCUGUACAACUCUGCAAAGACCCAGGGAGGGAGAUAUUUGAUCUCUCUUACCUGGUGUAUGUAUACAUUGAACAUAAUUAUAAACGCAACACUUUUGUUUUUGCCCCCAUUUUUCAUGAGCUGAUCUCAAAGAUCUAAGACUUUUUCUUUGUACACAAAAGGCCUAUUUUUCUCAAAUAUUGUUCACAAAUCUGUCUAAAUCUGUGUUAGUGAGCACUUCUCUUCCAUCCACCUCACAGGUGUGGCAUAUCAAGAUGCUGACUAGACAGCAUGAUUAUUGCACAGGUGUGCCUUAGGCUGGCCACAAUAAAAGGCCACUAUAUAUAUAUAUAUAUAUAUACUUUUUCUUUGGUUUUUACUGUAUAUAUUGGGGCUGAUGUGUACUGUGGUCGUUGCUGCCGCCCAGGAGUGAUGGGAGUGAGCGCAGGACUUGUUUUUUUGUAUUUGUAUAUAAAUAUAUAUAUAUAACUGCAAAUCUUUUCAACUAAAUUUUCUCCUUUCCACAAUUAUCCAGUUUAGUGAAUUGUCAUGCAAGAGAUAGAGGGCACACAAAUAUGAAAGAAACAGCGAAAUAAUAAACUACACUUCAUUACUUUGAUUUUUUUCAACAACAGUAACAUGGUUGUGAUUCAAACAGUGUUAACAUAUUAGGAAGUACUACAGAAGCAUAAUUUGACCCCAGAGAUUGUAGAAUAAUGAAAAAGCUACUGGUAUGUUAUUCAUUGUGUGUGACUGUGCUUACAUUAAAAGAACUACCUGGCAUAUGAUAUAAUCUAUAUAUUUAUGGUUGAUAUAACUGCAGCAUGUGUUACAGCAUAUAAAUAUAUGUAUAUACAAACAAUAACUCUGCAACUUAGUAACAUAACAAGUAAACUAAGAUAUCUAUACAUAUAUAUAGUUUACUUGUUAUGUUACUAAGAUGCAGCAGUUAUUGUUUAACCCCUUAAAACCGGAGGGCGUACUAUUACGCCCUAUUCUAAGCGCCUCUAAACGCCGCAGGGCGUAAUAGUACGCCCUCAUGGUUUUUCUUACUUACCCGGUCGCUGGCGUGGGUCGGGAGACUCACCUGGGAUCCCAGGGAGUCCCCCGCGGCAGAUCCUGCCUCCUCCGCCCCCUCCUCCCCCCUUGCCAUGUGAGAGUGAGGUCCUUGCGAGGACCUCACAAUCACAUGGCCGGGUUAGCUGGCUGCUGCAUUGCCUGUAAUGACAGUCCCCCUGUUGGCUGAAUUCAAAUAAUCAACAGUUAAAAUCAGUGUAAAAAUAUAUAUAUAUACACACAUAUACAUACACACACAUAGACUGUCUAGGUGUAUUUUACUAUUAAUAUAUAUAUAUAAUUAUAUAUAUAUAUAUAUAUAUAUAUAUAUAUAUUAAUAUCAAAUUACACGUAGACUGAUACUGAUUAAAUAUAUAUAUAUAUAAUUAUUGUUAUAUAUAUAUUUAUAUAUAAUAUAAAAAAUAAAAAAAAAUAAAAAAAAUAAUUAAAAAAUAUAUAGAUGUGUGGUAUUUCAUGCUAAACGUAUUGUAAUAUUAACCCCUUAGCGACCGAGGACGGUUCAGGACCGUCAUCGGCAUUUUUGCCUUGAGGACCGAUGACGGUCCUGAACCGUCCUAACGGUCUGGGGGUACUUACCCGAUCGCCGUCGUUCCCCCGGCGGCGAUCAGUGUUCCUCUGGUUGUGGGGAGACUGCCUGCAGCCCAGACAGUCUCCCCACACUGAUUUAGGACCCCUGUGGCCAUGUGAUCGCUUAACACAGCGAUCACAUGGUCACAAUAGGUGUCCAUAGUGCUGCCUGCAGGGGGACUGUCUGUGCUGACAGGCAGUCUCCCUGCUAAUGUAAAAUCAAAAAUAAAAAUAAAGUUAAUGGUAAUAAAAAAAUAAUAAUAAUUAUAUAGGUGUAUAUAUGAUAUAUAGACAUAUAAUAUAUCUAUAUAAUAUAUGUCUAUAUAUCAUCUAUAUAAUGCCAUACUAAGUGUAUUUUUAUAUUAAUAUGUACUUAUAUUAAUAUAAAAAUACACCUAUAAUUAAAUUACACACGUAUAUAUAUAAUAUAUAUAAUAACUAUAUAUAUUAUAUAUAUAUAUUAUUAUAAAAUAUAAAUAAUAAGUAAUUUAAAUUAAAUUAAAAUUUUUUUAAAUAAUAAUAAAAAAAUUAAAAAAAUUAUAAAUCUAUAUGAAAUUUUAUUCUAACUGUAUUUUAAAAUUAAUAUAUAUAUAUUUAUAUCAAAAUACACUUAGAAUGAAUUUGUAUAUAUAUCUAUGUAUAUAAAAAUAAAUAAAAAUAAUAAGAAAUAUACAUAUGUCCAUAUACAAAAUUGCAUAAAUAAUUAUAUAAAUAUACACGUAGACUUCAAAUAUAUAUAAAUAUGCAUAAAUAUUUAAAUUCUACGUGCGUAUUUAUGUAAUAGUUUUACAUAAUUCAGUAAUUUUAUUGAUUGCAAUUUAAGGGACCUGCCUGCCAACCCAGGCCGAAAUUCCAGAGAAUUGAAUUUGCUAGCACUGUAUUUUACCCUGUAAUGUUCUACGACACCCUAAAACCUGUAAAUGGGGGGUACUGUUUUACUCGGGAGACUUCGCUGAACACAAAUAUUAGUGAUUCAAAACAGUAAAACAUAUCACAGCGAUGAUAUUGUCAGUGAAAGUGACUUUUUUUGCAUUUUCACACACAAACAGCACUUUUACUGAUGAUAUAAUUGUUGUGAUACGUUUUCCAGUUUUUAAACACUAAUAUUUGUGUUCAGCAAAGUCUGCUGAGUAAAACAGUACCCCCCAUGUACAGGUUUUAUAGUAUUUUUGAAAGUUACAAGGUCAAAUAUAUGGGUCAAAUAUUUUUACAUUGAAAAUGGCCAGGUUGCUUACCUUGCCUUUGAGAGCGUAUGGUAGCCCAGGAAUGAGAAUUACCCCCAUGAUGGCAUACCAUUUGCAAAAGAAGACAACCCAAGGUAUUGCAAAUGGGGUAUGUCCAGUCUUUUUUAGUAACCACUUGGUCACAAACACUGGCCAAAAUUAGCGCUCAAUUUAGUUUUUUUACUUUUUUCACACACAAACAAAUAUGAAUGCUUACUUUGGCCAGUGUUUUUGACUAAGUGGCUACUAAAAAAGACUGGACAUACCCCAUAUUGAAUACCCUGGGUUGUCUACUUUUAAAAAAAUAUGUACAUGUGGGGUGUUAUUCAGAGAUUUAUGACAGAUAAUAGUGUUACAAUGUCACUAUUGAUAAAUUUAAAAAAUGUAUGUUUUGAAACCGCAAUAUUCUACUUGUACCUAUAGCCCUAUAACAUGCAAAAAAAAGCAAAAAAGCAUGUAAACACGGGGUAUUUUUAAACUCAGGACAAAAAUUUGAAUCUAUUUAGCAGUUUUUUUAAUUCGCUUUUGUAGAUGAGUAAAAGAUUUUUCAAGUAAAAGUCAAAAAACAUGUAUUUUUUUCAAUUUUUCAUCAUUUUUUUAUUUUUUUAAAAUUAAAAUACAUGAGAUUAUAUAAAUAAUGGUAUGUAAAGAAAGCCCCCUUUGUCCUGAAAAAAACAAUAUAUAAUUUGUAUGGGAACAGUAAAUGAGAGAGCGGAAAAUUCCAGCCAAACACAAACACCACAAAAGUGUAAAAAUAUGCCUGGUCGCAAAUGUACAACAUCGCAAAAACAGUCCAGUCCUUAAGGGGUUAAUAUAUAUAUAUGUUUAUAUCAAAAUACACAUAGAACUAAAUAAUAUAUAUCUAUAUACCUAAAUAUAUACGUAUAUAUCACUAUAUAUAUAUAUACCUAUAUAUAAUUUAAAAUAUUUUAAAAAUUAUAUAUAUAUAUAUAUAUAUAUAUAUAUAUAUAUAUAUAUAUAUAUAUAUAUAUAUAUAUAUAUAUAUAUACAUACGUAAAUAUAUACAUAUAUAUUUAUGUAAUAUUUUUACAUAAUUAGGUAUUUUAAUUAAUUACAAUUAGCGGAACCUGCCUGACAACCCAUGCCGAAAGUAUAGGUAAUUUAAUUUGCUAGCACUAUAUUUAACCCUAUAACUUUCCAAGACACCAUAAAACCUGUACAUGGGGGGUACUGUUUUACCUGGGAGACUUCGCUGAACACAAAUAUUAGUGUUUCAAAACAGUAAAAUGUAUUAAAACGAUGAUAUCGCCAGUAUAAGUGACUUAGUGCUGUUUUUCACAGACAAACAGCACUUACACGAUAUUAUUGCUGUGAUACUUUUUACUGUUUUGAAACACAAAUAUUUGUGUUCAGCGAAGUCUCCCGAGUACAACAGUACCCCUCAUGUACAGGUUUUAUGGUGUUUUCAAAAGUUACAGUGUCAAAUAUAAGGCUUGUGUUUCAUUUUUUUCACAUUAAAAUUUGCCCGAUUGGUUACAUUGCCUUUGAGACCCUAUGGUAGCCCAAAAAUGAAAAUUACCCCUAUGAUGGCAUACCAUUUGCAAUAGUAGACAACCCAAGGUAUUGCAAAUGGGGUAUGUCCAGUCUCUUUUAGUAGCCACUUAGUCACAAACACUUGCCAAAAUUGGCGUUUUUUGCAUUUUUCACACACAAACAAAUAUUAACGCUAACUUUGGCCAGUGUUUGUGACCAAAUGGCUACUAAAAAAGACUGGGCAUACCCCAUUUUCAAUAUCUUGGACUGUCUACUAUGGCAAAUUGUAUGCCAUUAUGGGUGUAAAUUUCAUUCCUGGGCUACUAUACAGUCUCAAAGGCAACGUAACCAAUCUGGCGAAUUUCAAUUUCAAAUGUAAUGUGCUGUAUUUGACCCUGUAACUUCCCAAAACACCAUAAAACCUGUACAUAGGGGGUACUGUUUUACACGUGAGACUUUGCUGAAUACAAAUAUGUUUAUUUUAUUGCAGUAAAAGCAAACAGUAUUAUGACAUUGACAGUUAAAUUGUCAUGUAGAACUAAAAAAAUAACAAAAUUUCUUAUUUUCUCCCAUUUUUUUCAUGUUAUGUUUCAUAGCUAAAUAUUUGAUAUUAAAUGAAAGCCCUGUUUCCCCUGAAUAAAAUGAUAUAUAAUAAGGGUGGGUGCAUUUAAUAUGAAAGAGGUGAAUUACGAUUGGACAGACAUGUAGCGCAAAUGCCAGGUUUUGUUUAUGUUUUGUUUUGUUCACAACGUGCACAUUUGGCUCAGUCCUUAAGGGGUUAAAUAAUGUAUUUGUUUACGCAAAGUUAAUACAAGUAACCAGAAGGGGAGCUCUACAUAGAAAGAAGCCUAAUUAAUUGAAAUUGAAAUUGACACUCCCCAGGAUUUUUACUAUUUUGUUUUCUUAUUCAUAUAUUUAACCAAUAUGUAUUAGUGACAUGUGAAAUUGUCACCCUGGCAUGAUGUAAUUUGAACACUUAAAAAAAAAAAUAGGCCAAGAUGUUGUCCUGUUUCUAAAACCAUCAUUGGGUAACACGGCUGUUGUUUCCCACAUAUGUUUACCUAUAGGUUUGUGACAUUGAGCAGGGCAUUAGCUUCAUGGAGUAAGGAAUUGUGACACUGAUUUAUUGAGCAGAUUUAGGGGUCAGAGUUACAUUCUGGCACACCUCUUUAAAUAUCACUAUCCUCCACUGCUUGGUUAUCUACUGUGUAUCCAUAAAACCUGCAUCCUUUUAUCUUACUCUAUUUUAACUGCAUGAACUUAAUGUAUAGCUUUUCCGUUCUAUUUCCAAGUUAAUUUUUACCUUAUGUCCUUGGCACAGAUCGAGUUGCACAGAAUAUUAUAAAAUCCCACAUGGAGACAUGUCAAUAUACAGUGGACGAACUGCAUCAAUUAGCUUGGCAGACACAUACCUAUGAAGAAAUUAAAUUAUAUCAAAACAAGGUAUAGUAUAGACCCCCAACUAGGGGCUGCCAUUUUACCAUUUCAUCUAAUUCCUGAGUCUAAGUCCAUAAGUCUUUAGGGAACAUAUCAUAUAAGGCUGAAUUAUCUUUGCAGAGUAGGGCUUACUCACUGAAUAAAAAUUCUCCCAUUGUCUUCACUGGAAUUGCUAUACAGCAAACAGGAUAAAUACUUGCUCUAUUAAGAGAAUCCAGACCAUAAAUUGUAAUAUAGAGAGCUUAAAAUAAUAUAUGCAUAAUUCAGCAAAAAUUUUGAAUAAAUGCACCAACUGUAAGAUAUCAAGGUCCACAAAAUAAUUUAGAAGCACCUACAUUCAGAAACACCAAAAAUGUGACACUGUAAUUACGUCAGUAUUUUUACAGGUUUAGUGACUUAUCAGCUGUGAUGGCCAAAUGUUGGCAAUCUAGCUGCUUCUAUUGUUUUCCAUAACUCAGUUGGAGACUACUUACCUGAGGUCUUGCUCUUGAGAGCCAAAAGCUCCUGGUAGGGUUAGCUCCAGGUUCUGUGAUGUACAGCAAUAGUUAAACAGGAAAGGUCCUUGAAGGGAAGGUGUUCCAUGGUCCUGAUUAUUCUUGUGUGGAAUGUCGUGCCAAUAUGGUUUGGGGCCACUUAGAUAUAUUGCAUAGAGGUAUUGUAAGGGAUGAGGCUGCACAAUCGAGUAGAGGCCCAUUAUACAAUUAGAUUUAGUUGCAUGUGACUGAAAUAUACAUCUCAAAGUUAGCUGAGGAAAUGAGUGUGAAAAAUUGGGAAUGGUUUUCACAUUUUUUUAAUAUUUUUUUUUUUUUAUUAACUGGACUUUAAAGGAAUCUGUGCAGCAGAUAGGAAUAGAUAUUUAUGUUAUUUUGAGUUAUUUUGAACAAAGGAGGAGACUAAAACGUAUAUCACAAUUAAGAGUCUAGAGACAUUGUAAAUAAGAAUGUUGAUUGCAAAGUAUAGAAUACAGGUAGCAAUGAUAUAGCACACCCAUAAGAUGUAAAAGACUUCAUAAUGUAGCUGUAAUAUAGCAAAAGGCUCUUCACACAACAUUAUUUUUUUUAACAUCCGAUCUCUAACUGAUGUCAGCCAUUUUGGCUUGCUUUUUUUUGCCUGCAGUUAGAGGUCAUAUAUUUUAAUUGUCCAUUUUAUUGGCUCUCUCUUAUAGUGCAAUAAUUGGUGUAGCUAACAGCAGCCAAGCACAGAGCAGUAGAGAAUGUAACAAUUGCUACACCAAUGGUACCAAUUGCUAGACCAACUGCAAAACAGUCAAUUAAAAUGCACAUUUAAAUGUCAUGCAAAAUAUAAAAUGUAGGAUUCCCCAGAAUCACUAGUUCACCAUAAUCCAUAGUUUAUGAACAUCCAUGUGUGUCUAUGGCUGCAGACUUCAUACCUCUCAGCGGUCCCAGAAGCAGAGAAGACCAUAGAGACUAACUGUCAGUUUUCAAACACAUGUAUGGCUGAAGAAAUCUGUCAUAUAUUAAAAGUGUUAAUGUGUUUUUAUUUGUUUUUAAAUCUCUUUUCGUGAAUACUUGAUAUACGGAAUAUUAUGCUAAAAAUAUAUUUUGAAGUGACAAUUGAAUUUUAAGGCACAUAGUUAGUAAGUCAUUAGAUCAGUUCUCAAGGAGCAAACUGCAUUGAAGUCAUUGAGCUCAUGGACAGAGUAUUUUAACAACCAACACUCUAUGGGCAUAACCAGUAAUGCAACCGUAUCACUGACAUUCCAUCUUAGGACCAUCACAGUUCCAAAACUUUGAUUGUAUUGAGACAAUUUUAGCUUUGACCAAACCGUUAGGUGUAAACAAAUUGUAUUUGAUAUUUUACUGCUUCAUGGUGUUUUACAGACAAGAGAAGCUUUGUGGCAGCAGUGUGCCAUUCAAAUCACCCAUGCUAUUCAAUAUGUGGUGGAGUUUGCAAAGCGAAUAACAGGCUUCAUGGAACUGUGUCAGAAUGAUCAGAUAUUACUCCUUAAGUCAGGUGAGUAGAGAAUAUGUAUGAGGCCUAUCAAGCCCAUUUCUUUCCUGAUAUGUACCUGAUAUCUACCAAAUAACCUCACUGAGCAUUGAAGUGACACCAUAGUCAGGAUGGUGCAAAGGGACUCCAGACAAUGUGUUGUUGUUGUUGUUUUUUUUUUGUAUUCAGCAGUGUAGUGUCCCUUUAUAUAUUGAGCUUUUGAAACUGUAAAAAAAUGUGUUUCCUGUUUAUGCUGCAUGUGCAAAGUAUAUUGUUAGCUGUAUCCAUUAUUAAGAAACAUAAAUAAUGUCAUGUGAUCAGGGCUGCCAUCAGAUAUUUUGGGGCCCCUGACACAGCUCAAGUUCUGGGCCCCGGGAGCCCGCCCCCGAGUCUGCUCAUAGUGUCACACCUGAGUCUGCCCACAGGGCCUGCCCCAAGUCUACCCACAAGGAUGAAGUUUGUGUGUAGUGAAUGUGGUGUGUGUUUAGUGGAUGUAGAAUGUGUAAAGUGGAUGAGGUAUGUGUGUCAUGGAUACAGUGUGUAUAGUGGAUGCAGAUUGUAUGUUUAUGUAAUGUAUGUAGUGUUUGUGAGUAUUAGAUGCAGAGUGUGUGUUUGUGUAGUGGAUGUAGUGUGUGUAUAGUGACUGCAGAGUGUGUGUUUGUGUAAGGAUGUAGUGUAUGUAGUGAAUGAAGAGUGCAUGUUUGUGUAGUGGUUGUAGUGUGGUAUAGUGACUGCAGAGUGUGUGUUUGUGUAAGGAUGUAGUGUGUGCAGUGACUGCAGAGUGUGUUUGUGUAAGGAUGCAGUGUGUAUAGUGACUGCAGAGUGUGUGUUUGUGUAAAGAUGUAGUGUGUGUAGUGACUGCAGAGUGUGUGUUUGUUUAAGGAUGUAGUGUAUGUAGUGAAUGAAGAGUGCAUGUUUGUGUAGUGGUUGUAGUGUGAUAUAGUGACCGUAGAGUUUGUGUAUAUUUAUGUAGUAUGUGUUUUGACUACAGAGUGUGUGUUUUUAUAUUUAUGUAGUGUGUGUUGUGACUGCAGAGUGUGUGCUUGUGUAAGGAUGUAGUGUAUGUAGUGAAUGAAGAGUGUGUGUGUAAGGAUGUAUUGUGUGUAGUGAAUGCAGAGUGCAUGUUUGUGUAAGGAUGUAGGGUUUUAGUGAAUGCAGAGUGUGUUUGUGUAAGGAUGUAGUGUGUAUAUAGUGACUGCAGAUUGUGUGUUUGUGUAAGAAUCUAUUGCGUGUAGUGCCUGCAGAGUGUGUGUUUGUGUAUUUGUUGUAGUGUGGUAUUGUGACUGUGGAGUGUGUGUUUGUGUAAGGGUGUUAUGUGUGUAGAGUGACUGCAGAGUGUGUGUGUGUGCAAGGGUGUUAUGUGUGCCUAUGUUCCUGUGUGUCCAACUUGUCUGGUUACAACUACAUGUCUGUUCGUCCACCCAUUGUAAAGUUGUAGUAUAGGGUGUAACAUGCAUAAUGUGGGGGGGAGCAUAUGUUAUUAUUAUUUAUAAUUUUUGAUUUAUUAUUAACCCCUUAAGGACCGAGGACGGUUCAGGACCGUCAUCAGCAUUUUUCCAUUGCCGACCAGUGACGGUCCUGAACCGUCCUAACGGUCUUAUGUACUUACCCGGUAUGGGGACACUGCCUGCAGCCCAGACAGUUUCCCCAUGGCGGAUUAGGACCCCUGGGGCCAUGUGAUCGCUCAACAGAGCGAUCACAUGGUCACAAUAGGUGUCCAUGUGUCUGCCUGCAGGGAGACUGCCUGUGCUGACAGGCAGUUUCCCUGCUAGUGUAAAAUCAUUAAAAAAAAUAACUGUUAAUGUUAAUAAAAAAUCAAUAAUUAUAUAUGUGUAUAUGAAUAUGAUAUAUAGACAUAUAUUAUAAUCAUAUAUAUAAUGUCAUAGUGUAUUUUUAUAAUAUGUACAUAUAUUAAUAUAAAAUACACUUAUAAUUAAAUUACACACGUAUAUAUAUAUAAUAUAUAUAAUAACUAUAUAUAUUUUAUAUAUAUUUUAUUAUAAAAUACAAAUAAUAAGUAAUUUAAAUUAAACAAAAAAGUAAAAAUAAUAAUAAAAAAUGUAAAAAAAUUAUAUAUCUAUAUAAAAUGUUAUUCUAACUGUAUUUUGAUAUUAAUAUAUAUAUAUAUAUAUAUAUUAAUAUAUAUAUAUAUAUAUAUAUAUAUUAAUAUAUAUAUAUAUAUAUAUAUAUAUUAAUAUCAAAAUACACUUAGAAUGAAAUUGUAUAUAUAUUUAUGUCCAUAUACAAAAUUACAUAAAUAAUUAUAUAAAUAUACACAUAGACUUCAAAUAUAUAAAUAUGCUUAUAUAUUUAAAUUCUAUGUGCGUAUUUAUGUAAUAUUUUUACAUAAUUAAGUAAUUUUAUUGAUUGCAAUUUGAGGGACCUGCCUGCUAACCCAGGCCGAAAGUCCAGAGAAUUUAAUUUGCUAGCACUGUAUUUUACCCUGUAAUGUUCUACAACACCCUAAAACCUGUACAUGGGGGGUACUGUUUUACUCUGGAGACUUUGCUGAAAACAAAUAUUAGUAAUUCAAAACAGUAACACAUAUCACAGCGAUGAUAUUGUCAGUGAAAGUGACUUUUUUUGCAUUUUUCACACACAAACAGCACUUUUACUGAUUAUAUAAUUGUUGUGAUAUGUUUUCCAGUUUUAAAACACUAAUAUUUGUGUUCAGCAAAGUCUCCUGAGUAUAACAGUAACCCCCAUGUACAGGUUUUAUAGCGUUUUUGAAAGUUAUAGGGUCAAAUAUAUGGCUUAAAUAUGUUUACAUUGAAAAUGGCCAGGUUGGUCACGUUGCCUUUGAGAGCGUAUGGUAGCCCAGGAAUGAGAAUUACACCCAUGAUGACAUACCAUUUGCAAAAGAAGACAACAAAAAGUAUUGCAAAUGGGGUAUGUCCAGUAUUUUUUAGUAACCACUUAGUCACAAACACUGGCCAAAAUUAGCGUUCAAUUUAGUUUUUUACUUUUUUCACACACAAACAAAUAUGAACGCUAACUUUGGCCAGUGUUUGCGACUAAGUGGCUACUAAAAAAGUCUGGACAUACCCCAUAUUGAAUAUCCUGGGAUGUCCACUUUAAAAAAAAUAUGUACGUGUGGGGUGUUAUUCAGAGAUUUAUGACAGAUAAUAGUGUUACAAAUGUCACUAUUGAUAAAUUUUAAAAAUGUAUGUUUUGAAACCGCAAUAUCCUACUUGUACUUACAGCCCUAUAACAUGCAAAAAAAUAGCAAAAAAGCAGGUAAACACUGGGUAUUUUUAAAUUCAGGACAAAAUGUUGAAUCUAUUUAGCAGUUGUUUUUAUUCGCUAUUUGUAGAUGAGUAAAAUAUUUUUUUAAUUAAAAGUAAAAAAACAUGUAUUUUUUUCAAUUUGUCAUCAUAUUUUUUCAUUUUUUAAAAAUUAAAUUACAUGAGAUUAUAUAAAUAAUGGUAUUUAAAGAAAGACACUUUUGUCCUGAAAAAAACAAUAUAUAAUUUGUAUGGGAACAGUAAAUGGGAGAGCGGAAAAUACAGCUAAACACAAACACCACAAAAGUGUAAAAAGAUGCCUGGUCGCAAAUGUACAACAUCGCAAAAACAGUCCGGUCCUUAAGGGGUUAAACAUUUUGAUUUCUUCCCCUCUCCCUGUGUCUUACCUCUGUCCAGGGAGUGGAGCUAUCACAUUCCCUGGUUGUCCAGUGGCAUGGUGAGGCACCCUACCCCCCAGCUACCUGUUACUGCAGGGGGCCCAUCUUCACUUCCCAACUGCUCUGCCUAAGUGUCGCAAUCCGCGUGGAGCAUUGGAAGACUUUGCUUUAAGUUUUGCAAGUGCCGCGGUCGUCAGUGUUGCCAUGGGUUACCAUGGCAACGCUUCGCGUCGUUUGCGAGACUUAGACAGAGCAGCUGGGAAGUGAAGAUGGUGUGUGCUGGGCCCCCUGCAGUAACAGGUAGCUGGGGGCCCCAAAGAGAAUCGCUAUAUAUAUGUGCACAUAGUUAAUGUGGGGCAAGGGACUCUCUGAGCAGUCUAGUCCCCCCAGGACCGCCAGGCCCAUGACAACUGUCACGGUUGUCAUGCCCUGAUGGCGGCCCUGCAUGUGAUUAUGUCUAAUUGUAUUUUAUUAAUAAUUUUCUUAUGUGUAUUAGUGUAUCUCACGUCACUCUAUAGUCAUGUGACCAAACAGAAUUUACUGACUGGUGAAAAGGCUAUGUGCUGUCAAACAAAACUGAUGCAGUUAUAGGUUCUGUGUGCUUGGCACUAUUGUUAACAUAAAAUAUCACAGAUCUACGUAUCUGUUUAUGUUUAACACUUGUAUUAAGUUUUAUUGAUCUGGGACUACAACUAUAAAGUGGAUCUGUCUGCUUUUCAGUACAGUAUCAGCUGAAUGAUAAGUCUCCCUUGCAUAUUUGUCUAACUUGCAUGACUGCUGACUACUUAAAGGGACACUCUAGACCCCUAAAGCACUGUAGCUUGCUGAAAAGCUUUAUGUGUGACCUUUUUUUCCAUUUUGGAAACAGUGCAGAUUUUAAUAGAAAUUUACACUUUUAUAAAUUGUAUUGGUUACACCUCCUGGCUUUUCAAGCAGACAUGUCCUGUUACUUCCUGGUUUGUUUAGCUCAAUAAAGCUGAACUUAAAAGGCAAAAAUUGCCUAGAACGCCUGCCUUGCUAAGACUCUCAUUGAGUUGCGCUGGGAAGUCUGUGAUUGGACAGCCACAGGCAGUCUGUACAGGGUUAGAAGAGGAGGGCUUGCAAAGACAGCAGACAAGAGAUUUUCAGUUUGUACAAGCUCUCUCUAGAUAAAACUUCAAUGAAAAAUGCAUCAUUAAAUGCAUACACAUUUUAAUUUGGGGUAUAUCUACUAAAGAGUGAUCUUUUUUAUUUUGCAUUUGUGCAGGGAAGUGUCACCCCUGCACAAAAAAAUUUAGCAUUUCCUGAAGAUAAAAUCUUUAUCUCACUGACAUUCCAACUCAUGCAAAAGCUUUCAGAAGACAAAUUAGAGACCUCUUUGUCCCGUUUAUUUUUCCUAGCCUUGACAAAGGUUGAUAAAAAGGCAGAGCUACCAAUGUCAAGCUAUGUCAAUCUCUCAGCUGUCACUAGUGAGACAUUGGAUCCUCCAUACUCAUACGAGUACAAUACUCAUGUUUGCUUAUGGCAGAUGAAGAGCCAGAAGCUGAAGAGGACCAACAGCAAGACGACGGAAGUAGUCACUAGGGACAGGUUCAGGUAAGUAAAACUCACAUCUCCUCCCAUCCUGUGGCCACCUCACUGCAGUUGGCAAAGUCAACAUAGGGGGGUUUUGCUAAAUAUGCAAAGACCACAGGAAGUGAGAGAGCCACUUUAAUAAAAGUGACGUUCAGUUACGUCACCCAAGUAAAAACAGACCACAAACUCAUUAGUCAUUAGUCAAUAGGGCAAUGGUCACAGUUUUACUUCAAUUUAAAUAAGUCAGCAAUGGAAAAUCAUGCAAAUUAAGUUGAUAUUAAAAAUACCAAAGAACUGAGAUCAUACUCUCAGGUAGCUGUAAAUACUUAAGGCAGACAUAGGGCUAAAGCAGUGUAUUACAGAGAAUCUGUGAAUGCUCUGAUAAAAGUUUGACACAUUUGAUUAAAUGAGUAUAAAGUAUACAAAUAUAGACUGAUGCAAAAGGCUAACAUCGAGUAUCAGAAAAUAUGAGCAGAUAUUUAGCACCAACAUAUUCUGAGGUGCUUUAUAACUACAGCAAGGGAUAUUUGGAGGUGAAGAAGUACCUGCUAAAAAAAGUUUACAAUCUGCGAGGAUUUGAAGUAGGGUGAUAUUUAUCAUUAAGUGUCUUGGCAAAGAACACUUACUGGUGAGGCGGUCUGACCAGGAUUCUAAUUGGGGUUUUACCAGAUUUAAGGCAGUGAUGUUACCAUUACCCUAAUAAUACUAUGGUGCUGAUUGUGAAAACAAUCACUAAAAAAAUAAUGUGGCACUUGGCCACUUGGGAGACGUAAAGCUACUGAAAUAGAAUUGAAAAAAGAAUAACAAAUCUUUCUUUGAAAAAAGGGGGUCCCAAGUUAAAAGACUAUGGUUACCGAUUCUCAAAAAAAAGGUUAGAUUACCCACAUAUAACAUGUAUAGCCCACUAUAAUUGGUAAGAAACAAAAAAUUUAAAUAUGAACUUUAUUAGUAUUUAAUGGGCAUAUCUACAUAAUAGUGAAAAAGAAAAAAAAAGACAGUGAAAAGCAUGAAAGUGACUUGUGAAAAGUGUAAUAUUAAAAAGGAGAAACCUAGGGGGUCUGCCUAUCUGGCUUGGAAAUAUCAAGCACAGCAAGCGUAGGAAUAUAUACUAAUUCUUGAUCAACCCAAGUAGAAAGAUAGUAUCAAGAAAGACAGCUGUUUAGUGAUGAAAUGUUAUUCCAAGUGGAAGGCUAAAAUCUAGCCAAUUAAAUAGCAGCAGUAUAUGGGGAACAGAAGACUUCUUUGCAACUAUAAUCAGGGUUGUGGUUUGUAGUGGGGAAGGGGGUAGGUAAUUAUUGCUAUGAACUCCUACCCUCAUGUUUUCCCCUUAAAAUCCCAUAUUCACCCUCUUUUAAGGGGAGUUUGGUCUAAUUAUUAUGGUGGGGGUGGCAAAUUAACACUCUAUAUACACCUACCCUCCUGUUCCUUAUAAUCAGACUCUACUAAUAUACCAGUUUACUUCCAAUAUCUUACAUUAUCUCUAUCAUUGUAUCUACCCAUACCUUUUAUUCACCUUUUUGAACAUCUCUAAUAUUUCCAAUAUCUCUCAUUUUCAAAAUAUAUCUAAUUUUGAAUCUAAAUGCCAAGCUUUAUUCUUAUGAUCCCCAUAGACUGCUGCUAUUUAAUAGGCUAGAUUUUAGCCUUCCACUUGGAAUAACAUUUUAUUACUAAACAGCUGUAUAUAGUCUCACGCUUGCUGUGAUUGAUAUAUAUAUAAGCCAGAUAGGCAGACCCCCUAGGUUUCUCUUUUUUAAUAUUACACUUUUCACAAGUCACUUUUGUGUUUUUCACUUUGUCUUUAUUUGUAUUUUUCACUUUUGUGUAGAUAUGCCCUUUAAAUACUAAUAAAGUUCAUAUUUUAAUUUUUUGUUUCUUACCAAUUAUAGUGGGUUAUACAAGUUAUGUGUGGUUAAUCUAACCUUUUUUUGAGAAUCGUUACCCAUAGUCUUUUGACUUGGGACCCCUUUUUUUAAAGAAAGAUUUGUUAUUCCUUUUCAAUUUUGUCUUUUCUGGGUUAAGCCCAUAUUACCUAUUUAGUCCACUCUUGACUCUGCCCCUCUAGUCGUGUAAUGUUUUCUGAAAGCUACUGAAAUAAUUCAUUUAAAAGGGGCAUCAUCUAUUCAUCUCCAGAAAACUAUAAACAGCUUGUUACAAUAAUAAAUCGUGCUCUUGUGCAUAUGGAACUAAUGUUGCGAGUAGCACAACACUUGGCUGUAAUUCAUUUUCAUAAUUAUUGCAGCUGUUCCUGUACUUGGCAUGACUUUUCUACAAACGAAUUAGGUUAAUUCCAUAUUACUCAGUUUGUGAAAAUGUUGAAAAAAAAGUUAAAAUUAGAAUAACAAUUGAAUGUAUAAAACCAAUUCUCCAUGUAAUUCACAAUUAGCACAAUUACAAUAGUAAAUAUGACAAUGCUUGCUAACAGACAGCUAAUAAUAACUGCUUUGUUAUCCUGUGUCCAGGAGAUAUCAUAUUUCUGAUUGAUUAUUCAGCUUCUUUAUUUAAUUCUCUAUUUGGUUUUGGUUAAUGAUUUGCUCUACUUAAUCAUUGUUGUUUCAUGUUUCUCUUUAAUUUUUUGUUUCUUACAAAAAAUUGACUUAAAUCAAAAUAAGAUAAUGUUAUUAGUGAACAUGAUUGCUACACUGAUCAUAAAUAUCUAAACCUAUUAAAAUGACUCUAGUACAUUUUGUCACUGUCACAGCCAGGGGCGUAUUAGCCGCGAGGCAAACAAGGCAUUUGCCUUGGGCGGCAUUUUUCAGGGGGCGGCAAAAAACGCCGCCCCCCAAAUGCCCAGGGCAAAUGCCUUGUUAGCCUCGCGGCUAACAGACAUCCCGAGCGGGCGGGCGGCGCUGGCAGGCGGGCGGCUGGCGAGGGAGCACUUCCUCUGAGCUGUCAGCUCAGCUCCCUCGCGCACCGCAAAGUGAGACUGGGAGCCGGAAGAUGAUGUCAUCUUCCGGCUCCCAGCCUCACUCUGCAGCCGGCGCGCGAGGGAGCUGAGCUGACAGCUCAGAGGAAGUGCUCCCUCGCCAGCCGCCCGCCUGCCAGCCCGACCUGCAGCCACUGGACCACCAGGGAGAGAGACCCCCCCCAGCACUCCCAAAGGUAAGGAGGUUGGGGGGGGAUUUAAAUAAAAAAAAAGUUAAUGUGUGUUUGUGUCUGACUGUGUGUGUGACUGUGUGUGUGUUUGUCUGACUGUGUAUGUGUCUGACUCUGUGUGUGUCUGACUGUGUUUGUGUAUGUGUGUGUGUGUUUGUGUCUGACUGUGUUUGUGAGUGUGUCUGUUUGUGUCUGACUGUGUGUGUCUGACUGUGUUUGUGAGUGUGUGUGUGUUUGUAUCUGACUGUGUUUGUGAGUGUGUGUGUUUGUGUAUGUGUGUGUGUGUUUCUGUCUGACUGUGUUUGUCUGUUUGUGUAUGUGCGUGUGUGUUUGUGUCUGACUGUGUUUGUGUAUGUGUGUGUGUUUGUGUGUGUGUGUCUGACUGUGUGUGUGUGUUUGUGUCUGACUGUGUGUGUGUAUUUAGAAGGUGGGGCGGGGGGAAGGGUUGGGUGGGGGUGGUGCGGGGGCAGGGGGGCGCCUGAGUUUUGUCCUGCCUAGGGCAGCACAAAACCAGGAUACACCACUGGUCACAGCUAUGAAUGACAUAUACAUAAAAUGUCACAAAUUGUUUCUUCAUGCUCUACAUUAAAAGUGCUGCCAUGAAAGAUUCACACAUUGCAGGAAGGAAGUGCAUUCAUUAAAAGACCACUCCACUCUUCAGCUUUCUGAAGUGCUUUAUGUGAGUGGAGUCCGUGACAUUUGUGACGGUUUAUAAGAGUUAAUUGAAAUUGUCACUUUUAUAUUUGGUUGGCAGAGACAGCCACUGGGGUUUUAUUCCGCUUCCUUUAGCUCCAUGGAGUAAAUGGAAGUGUCAGUACUAUUAUCACAGCACACUGAAAUGCUUAGAAAAUCUCAAUGAAGCCUCUGAUUGGAGUAUUCGCUGCCACUGAAAAUCUGUGCUAAGGAUAAAGGGGAGGGCUUGAAAAGGCUGCAGACAAGAGAUUUGCUGCUUUCACAAGCUGUUUUUAGAUAUCCAUUCAAAGAAAAAAUGCAGAAAUAAAUUGUAAAUGUUCCCCCCUUUUAUAAUAUUGCAAAGCGCUAUGGAAUUAGUUGGCGCUAUAUUAAAAAAAAAAACAAUAAUAAUAAUAAUAAUAAAAAGGCAGAACAUUUCAAAUGUUUUUAGCAAGAACCAGAUCAAUAUAUAAAAAUUGAAUUAUUCCAUUUGUUGACCUUUUUUAAAACAAUGAGCUAACCCAAAAAUACAUAAAAGUAAAGAUAGGGGCUUAAAUUGUGAACAGGCACACAAUUCCACUUGGCACAUGCCCAUGUAUAUUACUGGUUUACAAGUUAACGAAAAAGACCAUUCGUUUUCAAAUUAUUUUAUUCUGAAAGCCUAGAAGAUCCUCAGCACUUCAUCACUGCUAAUCUUUACCAUGCAUUCAAUCAAUCAUGAAGUUCUCACACAUCCAUCAGCUUCAGUUCUUCACAGAUGAGCAUGAUAAUCUUUUGCAGAAUUAACCUCUGUAGAGUUUGAGAUAAUUAUAAUUGCAGCUAUAGUGUUUCAGACAUCCACAGGAGGCAUUUUCUGUCUGUUUUUUUACUUCCUGGUAAGUAUUCAACAGGACCUAAGAAUUGCAAAAAGAAAAUUGCUUCCCAGGCCUGUUAAAAUAAAAAUAUGCUUAGAAAUAUCCAAUAUUAAAUGCAAUACUUCUUAUAUUUUGAUUUUAAUUACCCAUAAAUUGCAAGUAGAGACUUAUUUCAAAGGAGCAAUUGUGCUAAUGCAGUAGACAAUUGCCCCUGUGACCAGUCUAAGCACAAUUUUAAAAGUUUGUUGACACACACACUGCCACAUAAACACACACUCACACGAAUAUAUACAUAAACAAGGGCACAAAGCAGUGCUUUUUAUGCUCCACCCAGUCCCCCACUGACUUUGACCAUACUUCAGUAAUAAAUAAACUAUGGUGACAGUCAGCAAACUAGUCCCCUAUACAGCACAAAACACAGCAUUACUCCUCCAGAUGGGCUUCAGCUCCUUAUGCCUCAGGAGACCUUUGGCUAAAUCUUGAAGAACACCACAUGGGCUUUGAUGCGGUGACUUGUUUGGAGGCUCAGCCUUCAAAUAGUAUCCUUGUGUGUGGCCCUGACUCCCUCUCCCUGCUUGGCUGUGGCAACAGGAACUUCUCCUGAGGUCUGGCAUGGCCUGAAGAAUCUCUGGCAUUACUGCACAGUCAGAGUAGCUGAACUACUGCCCUGUCUGCACACACCAAAGAGCAGCUGCAGGACACCCAAACUCUCUCGGGCCCUGGUUUCACCAUUGGGUAAAGGAUAAACAGUGGAGAAUAAAGAUUUUUCUGAAAAAGUCAAGACACUCUGAGGGAAACUGAAUUACCACCAACUGGAUCAAAAUAAUUAUUUUGCAAUUACAUUAUUUCACUAAAACUCAUCAAACAUUGUUGUCCUUCUCAUGAAGGAGUUUCUGUGAGAUGAGAUGGCCUAAAAAAGAUGUGAUGUUAUACCAAUAUGUAGUAGGACAGUUUAAGAUAAAAAUAAAACAUCUCUUUCAUUUUUUUCUCUAUUGAAAAUAAAAUAUUGUUUUUGUGGAUUUUGUAACUUUUAUAUAUUUUUUCUUUUGACAGGCUGUUUGGAAGUUGUAUUAGUAAGAAUGUGUCGUGCCUUCAAUCCAUUAAACAACACUGUUCUUUUUGAAGGAAAGUAUGGAGGGAUGCAGAUGUUCAAAUCAUUAGGUACAAUUUUUUUUCUUGUCUAUAUUGAAUGGUCUUAUAUACUUUUGCAUGAAAAUUGAAACUAGACGUAAACAAAGUCUUUAAGCUAAAACUCCAACAUAUCAAGCAAUAAUUUCUAACAGGGAAUCAGAUGUAAAUUUGCUUUCAAAAUUUUCAGGAAUUUUGCUAGAAAAAAAUGUAAAUUGCAGUGGCCUAAAAAAUCCAUUACCGCUGGAAACUCAUUUUCAAUUAGUUUUUUGUUUCCACUGACUUUAGAUGUAUAUAAAAUGCCAUCAGGACCAGCACUACCUCUAAGCGAACUAGGCAGCUGCCUAGGCUGCAACACCCAAGGUCGCACAAUCUCUGGGUGACUGGCAGGAAAGGAGCACACUGCUAAAAUCUCCUCUCCUGCCAGUCACUCCCUAUUGUGUGACCAAGAGGACCAUGGCAAAGGGUCUUCUUUAUCCUCUACCUGGUCUGACACAACAUGCUCAGUAAGAGCAACAAGCAGAUUUCCUGUCAGAACAGGUAGAGGAAACAGGAGAUCUUCUACGAUGGUCCACUCGGCCAAGCUACAUGUGGGUAAACAGGUGGGGGGAAAUACCACAAAGGGAUGGGGGUGUGGGCAGAUGGACAAAGAGGAACACAGAAGGGCUGGAGGGACAAAGAGAUACACAGAGGGGCUGGGUGGACAUAGUAGAUCCAAGUUUUAUUUUUUUUAUUUUUUUUCUACAAAUCUGUUUUAAAAAAUUGAAGGUGACUUUUUUUUGGGUGGUCGGGGUUGCAAAUAGCUGCUCUUGCCUAGAUCGCAAAAUAGUCUAGCAGCAGCCCUGCAUGGCAUUACCAUGUACAGGUUAAUAGUAAAUACUUUAUAAUAUCAUUGAUUUUUUUUGUAGACAUUCUAAAGCAGUGCAUUCCAAUCUGUAUGGGUUCUUUUUGUUUUGUUUUUAAUCAUUUUAUUAAUUAUUCAGUCGAUUACACAGCUAUAAAAGCAGUGUUAACAUGUAGAAAUGUUUCACAAGGAAAUAUUACCUCUUUUAAAAGAGUAUUACAGAAUACAACUAAACCACUAAAGACAAUUAGAUUUUGUGUUUUUCUCACUCCACAUGGUGCUGAUUGAAAUUCUGAGAUUUUAACUAACCAAAAUUAUUAAUUCCUAUAUCACCUGGUCCCUUUCCUUGAUUGGAAUUUGAGCUCCAGGCACAUAUGAGCAAUGAUUAAUAUCUCGUUCUCACUUUGGUUUCAUUGACCUCCAGGUUCUGAUGAUCUAGUGAAUGAAGCAUUCGACUUCGCAAAAAGUUUAUGUUCACUUCAGCUUACUGAGGAGGAAAUAGCCUUGUUUUCUGCAGCUGUACUAAUAUCACCAGGUACUAAAUAAAACAAUUAUUUCAUUAUUCUAUAAUAAUAUAAUACAAAAUAUAUAUAUAGUAAGUUAUACAAAUAUUGUAAAAAAAAAAUCUAAAUAAUUGAAUGGAUUUUUAAGUUUAUUUGAUCUGUCUCUAAAUCUUUGCAUGCAAGAGGAUCAAGAAAACAAUGUUUUUUCCGAGUCCUUGGUACUCAAAAAAAUUUACUUUUGCUUUUGACAUUGAACCAUUUAAGUUAGAAGCUGGCAAAUAGAUCACUCAAAAUUGACUGUAUCAAUUUAUCUCUGUUAAAUUAAUUCUUUAAACACAUGUGACAAAUCCUAAUAUUACUAAUCUUUUAUAAAAUAUGUACAAAACAUUUAAUACAUCAUGUAAAAUAAAUGCUUUGCAGCAACAAGCUAUUUUAAUCUUACCUGUACCAGCAAAUUCCACCUAAAUUAACAUGCUGACCAUGUAAUUACAAUACAAUUAAAUUGAAUCUGUCAUGACAAAUUAACUAUAAAUUGUAAUACCUACUUUAAGGCUCCCAGACUACUUCAUCUCAUUCAAGUGGUGUAGGUGCAGUGCCCCUGUCUGUUUAAUCCUACAAUGUAAACUAAUACAGUUUCUGAGAAACUGCAAUGUUUCAUUGCAGGGUUACAUCCUCCUUUGGUGACUGUCUUCUUGUGGCUGUUACGUUCUCCAAUAGAGGUGCUUUCUGCUCCCUUAUGGAGUUUUACUCCAUGAAACAAUGUUGGACAUCCUCAAGCUUUGUGUGAAAACAUCUAACAUCUUCAAAUUCUCCAUAGUAAAGCUAUCCUUUCCUAUGGGGAAGCUUUAAUGCAUAUGCAGCUCUUGCUGCACAUGCACUUUAGGGCAAACCAGUUCCCUGAUGUCGGGGGAGAAGAAGACCUCGGGAAGGUGCCUCAGUGCUGAAAUUAAAGUUAAAAAAAAAAGACAGGAAUGCUAGGAGGGGAACCUAACAAGUUAGGGAACGGGACUCUAUAGCAUUAGGAAUACAGGAUUGUACUAUAGUGUUCCUUUAAGCAACAUAAUAAUAUCCUAAUGAUAAAUGAUGUAUUUAAUAGCUUAAGGAUAUAGUCAUACAACACUUACCUUAGUUUCUACACAGUUUUGCCAUUCCCCAGAUUCCCAUCCACACCCCAAUUUUCUCUUACCUUCUGUCUCCUUCCUCCAAUGGACCAGUGAAACACCUCACCAACCAGCCAAAAUGCUGAUUUAUUUUGCCAGCCCUUUGGCAUCUGAAAGGAGUGAUAUCUGCUCAUAAUGGAGUAACAUCUGCAAGUCAUGCUCACCAGAGGAUAAUCACAGCAGUAACAGUGCAUGCACUGUAGUUGCUGUGAUAAGACCAGGAUUGCUUCAUGUAGGUACCAGGUAAAAGGAAGUUGAAAUCUACCAUAACAAUGUUCAUAAAUCUUGUACUUGGUUUAAAUUAGUCUCGUACAAGGUUUGCUCCACUAACAUUUUAUGUAAUGUUUUGUGUUCCAUGACAGGUGCACUUUAACGAUAAAGUAUUUGGGAUAUAUAGACAUUCAUCUUUAGUCUUUGUUUUUUUGUUAAACACUAUACUCUUAUAAUCAUAAUGCUUGUUGUGUUGAUGGUUUCAGUUGCCUAACAUGUUUAUUAUUUUGUUUUGUUAUUUCUGGUUCAGAACGACCUUGGCUGAUAGAGCCAAGAAAAGUCCAGAAACUUCAAGAAAGGAUUUAUUUUGCACUUCAGCAUGUGAUUCAGAAGAACCACUUAGAUGAUGAGACUUUGGCAAAGGUUAGUCUUUUGAUACACAAUGGGAAUUUUGAAAGUGGCACUUUUAUUAAAGCAGCAGUGUAAUUGUACAAUGAUAAACUCUAUCUGUAUCUUUCCACUGACAACAUAUUUUUUCCCUACAAAUCACAUAAAUUAAGGCAGAUUUUCUGGGAAAAGUGUUUCAAAUUAGGUUAACCAUUUAACUAUAUUAAAGAAGCACUCCACACACCUGAAUGACUUUUGCCUGCUGAAGUGCUUUAUCUGUGAAGUGUGUCCUCUUUUUUCACUUGGCAAAAAGUACAGAUUUCAAUAGAAAUUGAUACUUUUAUAAAUUAAGUUUCUUAUUGGCUGUUAAUCAGACAACAGGUCGUGUUACUUCCUGGUUUGAUUAGCUCAGUGGAACUAAGUUCAAGAGGCAGCAAUUGCCCAAAUCAUGUGCCUUGCAAAGACUUCUUAUUGAGCUGUAUUGGUUCUGUGAUUGGACAGCCACAUAAAGUCUGAGCUGAGGAAGAACGAGAGGGCAUUCAAAGGUUGCAGAGAACACAUCUGUGGUUAUUGUAGGCUGUUUUUAGAUAUACUUCCAAUACAAAAAGUGCAUAAUUAAAUGAAUGUAUGUUUUCAUUGGAGGUAUAUCUACUAAACUGCUAUUUUUCUUUUUAUGUGGGCAGCGAAAACCUACCAUGCUCAUGUGUUUUUAAAUGCACUACAUAUCCUAUGAUCCCUGAGUUGACCACUAAGUCCAAACAGCAUCCUAUCCAUGUCUUCUCUUUAGAAGUAUAUAGCUAGGUGCCAAACAUUUUGUGGUGUGACCAAACAGGACAAAACUCCCAACUUGCAUAUCUCAAGUUGGACUUUAGAAAGUUCCCCUUGGGCAGAGAAACUUGAGAAAUCAUGUUUCCACAACUAUCCCAGAGUUUCCGGCUUGACAUUCAAAUGAGUACAGACAUUGUUUUAAACACAUGGAUUAUGAUCUGAAAGUAUCAGUCACUAGAAACCAACCAUGGACUGUACUUUUGCAACCUUAUGGCACUGGUUCAAGCUCACAUUUCUGUGCCCGUAGGGUGUGGGGGCGCUUCUCAAAGCCCAACUAGAGAUAUGCCGGUGAUGCAUUUUCUAUUAGCACUGUAGGGAGUUUUAUUGUGUUUGGACUCUAUGAACUUUUAGGCACCUAGCUAUAGUCUCUCUGAGAGACUUUAACAUCCAGACCAGAACCAGCACCAUGCUGGUUAACAUUUUCAUGUCUGGUCUCUGGUAACUGAUCCUUUCGUAUCAUAACCCAUGCUUUGGUUUACAAAAAUGUUGUGUUUAAAACAAUGUCCAUUACUAAGGAUAUGUGCAAAAAUGUAGAGUAAAGUCUGAAGCAUAAUGUCUGUUUGUGCUCAUUUGCAUGUGCUCAUUUGCAAGCUAUGAGCUCUCGGAUAGUUGUGGAGCAAGUGGAAACAUGAUUUUUUGAGCUUCUGUGCCCAAGGAGGACUUCUCAAAGUCCAACUUGAGAUAUGCAGGUGAUACACAACAGUUAUUUUUCUUUAGAAGUAUGAGACAUGCUAAAAUAUCACCGUUAUCUAGAUAGGCGACACACACACACAUACAAACACAAAAAUACAUAAAGUUGUAUGCACUUAACUGUUCUUUGAAAGUUAAUAAAACUUGCUGUUUCUUUUCUUCACAGUUAAUAGCCAAGAUACCAAACAUAACUGCACUUUGCAACUUGCAUGGAGAGAAGCUGCAGGUUUUUAAACAAUCUCAUCCAGAGAUAGUGAACACACUGUUCCCCCCAUUAUAUAAGGAACUUUUCAAUCCAGAUUCAGGCACUGGCUGCAAGUAAAGACAGUGGGAUUUUUCACAUUGCUUUGGAAUGCAUCACUACUAAGACAAAAGAAAUGUGCUCAAGAGGACUUACUUAAAAAAAUAAAAAAUAAUAAAAAACAUCACUACAGCGGCACUAGGAAUGUCCUGCACUUACUAGAAUUAUUUUUCACCGCUACAGUUUGAAGAAUGUAAAUAUGCACCUCUGAGUGGGGCUCUCUUUCUCUUCUUACUUUUUUUUUUUUUGGAACUGACCAUGUAACACUUCUGCUGCCAGAGGGAUCUGCAGAGGAAGUAUUGCAAACUCCUCUGGCAGCUGAAAGAUUCGUAUGAAACACUGGGUGUAUUUACUUUUUAUAUAUACAUAUAUAUAUAUAUAUGUAUAAUUUGAG